AUGUCACAAAGGAGUGGGCAGGAGGACCCGGAGCGGUACCUCUUUGUGGACCGCGCUGUGAUCUACAACCCGGCUGCUCAAGCAGACUGGACAGCUAAAAGGCUAGUAUGGAUCCCAUCGGAGCGGCACGGCUUUGAGGCUGCCAGUAUUAGAGAGGAACGAGGUGAUGAGGUGGUGGUGGAGCUAGCGGAGAAUGGGAAGAAAGCAGUAGUCAACAAGGACGACAUCCAGAAGAUGAACCCGCCAAAGUUUAGCAAAGUAGAAGACAUGGCUGAUCUCACCUGCCUCAACGAAGCGUCUGUGCUUCACAACCUCAAAGACCGCUACUACUCUGGCCUCAUAUAUGUGAGUACAACUAACACGUUUCAAUAACAUCUUUCCAAAUGUUCAUUGAUAAUUGAUUAUUCGAAACAUCACCAUCAUAUCUUUAACUAGUCAUGAAACAGCCUUGGUUUUAAAAUGUAUGUCUCCACGUGGCAAACCAGACUUAACCAGAAGGAGAUCCACUGUUUCUCCCUUGUUAUUUUUAAUGAAUGUUUCUACUCUCACCAGCUGGAAAUCUAAUGAAGCAAUUAAGAUGAGCAGAGUUGAACAGCCUCUGUUUACAUUUUCCCAGACAAAGUUUGAGUAGUACAUUAGCCACUUAAAGGAAUUGAAGGGCAGAGUUUUCUUUUGUUGGUUUAUUGAAAGACUUCUCUAUGAACUUAACAAAGAGGUAAAAAAUGCUUUUGCACAUCUAGCCUUACUAAAGGUUGCUGUUGGCUUAUGUUCAUGUAAAUGUACCAUUAUGGAGAAUUUAAGUGACCUCACCUCUACAACAGAACGACAUUAUCUGACCAACGAAAACAGGUGCGCAGAAACAGCCUUGUCGAAAAACAGGCAUACCAUUUUUCUCAUCAAGAGCUUCACAAAAAUGAACACAAAGUUCUUCGCUGCAGCUUUGGUUGUCGUGAUUUGUCAGCGUAAGAGUUGAUAUCUUUUUUUAGCUUUAAGAAAAUAUGUAAAAUUAAGUAAGCAUUCGGGUAGAAAGUACUUUUUUAUUUGUUGUAUGAAUUAUAAAGCUCAGUAAUGCCCUUGUGAGCCAAGGCAGUGAACACGUAUCAUCAUGUUUUUUUUUAUCACACUGCUGAAAUCGCCAUCGAUUUUUUAAAUAUUUGUUUUAAAAUAGAGAGCAAGUACCUUCUAGUUUGUCAGUGAGAACUGGUGACAUGAUGAUAGUCUUUGUAAAAUUAUAAAAAAAAUGGCUAUUCUAACCAAACGUCAAAAUAUCUUGUGGAGUCAAGAGACUGAAACAUAUUUCCUUCAAUGAAUAAGUCAGCAUGUCCUACAUAAGCUGCUGAUUUCCCCUGAGAUUAUGACCCACUUAGCAACAUGCAUUCCUGGAAUAGCCCGGAGCCUGUGGGCCACCUGAGACUGGAGGAGGAGGUUUGGGCCACGGGGUUCCUGCUUUAAGACCGGGGCACAAAAAGACUGAGCGACGUUGCUUGAAUUGGGUUUGACUGUAGGUAGAGUGUAAGAAGGAGUUAAAGUUGCUUCCUGUUCAGUCAUGACGCUCUGUUACUAACUUUUUGCACAUAAAUUACCAUAUAUAUCUAUUUUCUUUAUCUUGCUUUGCUUCCAGUUCAAAUGUUAGGGCUAGAGAAAAGGCUGCUGGCUUCUCGAACAGAAAAAUGAGCUGCAGUCUUAAGUAUGUUUGUGGUUUUCUGCCUCAUUUAGAUGGUGCUUUGGGAGCACUGUAGAUGAAGUCAUGACGGGCCACGGGUUAAUGAAGACUUUAUCCGCUCUAAGUGUUUAUGAGACUUGACUACAAAGUUGCCAUCAUCCUGUAAAGGACCUGGCAAACCUCCAUUACUAUGCCAUUAUGACCCACAGUGGGAUAACUACAGAAAGCCAUCCGUGGACUUUCUUUCUCUUUAUGGAUCCAAACUGUCCAACCGUGGCGUUAUCAAGAGUUUCAUUUUCUGUAUGCUUGGGAAAAUGAUGAAUUCAGGAAACGUCUCUAGUUUAUUUUCUCGCUUUCAAAUCAUAGGUUGGAAGUUUCUUGCUUCUUUGCAGAGUAGUUUUGCUUUGCCUCUGUUCUGUUCAGUUGAGCUCAUGGCGUUCUUGAUAAUGAUUCUUGAAGUACACGGUUGAAUUGGUUGUGUCAAAUGUCACUACACCACCACCAGCUUGCCAACCCUACCUCGGUUAUUGGUGUGAAAGACAUCCAGACCUUUGAGCCUUUGUGGUUAGCUCCUUCCAUGCUACACUAGCUCUUAGCCCAGCAAAAUGCACAGACCUCCCAAUGCGUGAUGAGGUAGUGUGCACACAUGGUUGCCGUAAACACAAAAUAGCAUAGAACUGAGUAGAAAAGAUUGGCCUCAUUGAUCAGCCUUUCCUUACUUUAGUCAUGGAUCUUGCUUUUUGUGUCAGUAUCAGACUGAUAUAGGAUACCCAGAUUGGAUUGUUGCAUCUUUUAUAUUUAGUCAUUAGGUAAUAUUUCAAAGAUAAUGUUUGACUAUUUUCUAGGUGCAUAGCAAAUAGAAACAGGGUUGCAACCAAUACAACUGAAAAGUUAUCCAGCUAACCAUCGUGGAAAACUAAAAACUGGAAAAUUUUCAUACUUAAAAAAACAGAAAUUCACUUCAAGAAUGGCCAAACAGUUUAGGAACGAACACUUGGUGACAAGUACUAGUUGAUUGGCUUAUUGAUCUUGUAAUUGUGUAAAUGGCUAAAAGCUUCGUGAGGGGGUAUCACGCUUAGAAUAGCCUUUCCUUUUAUAAUAUUUAUUAUAUAUUUGUUACAUGUUUUAUUCUGGUCCUCUGCAGCACUGAAGCUAAAUAUAACAGAUAACCAAUACAUAAUUAAUGCUGUGUGUUUUGGGUUCUGACCAGGCAGCAGUGUGAGCUCUGCCAUGUGGUCACUGUCUACUGAUGGCUUCCUGCCAAGGCUUUUUCUGUUCAUAUCUGCUGAAAGCAGAAGUUGUUUGUCUCUGGGAUUGGAUUGAAAACGUCCAAACCCUGGUCAUGAUUUUGUAGUCUGACAAAUUCUCAAAGGAAACUAUUUUAACACAAGUUUAAAUGGAUCUCUUUGGAAAUCUGUGGACAAAAGGACAUAAUUGGUUUCUCGCUUCUUUUUGGCAUUUACAGCAACAAAAACAACCAAAAAAAAACUUUAGCUUAACAAGCAACAGAACUGUUUCCAUUAACUCUCUUCUCUUUUUAAAAAGAACACUGCUGUAUUUGUCAGUAUCUUCAGAGGGUAUUCCUGUGACCCCAGCCCCAUUUUUAUGCUCAGGGUGGCCUGUGCUGAGUCACACUGUAACCACAUGGUCUUAACAGAGUUCUUUGUGUUCCCUUAUAAGUCACAGCUGUCUGCUGAAAUAAUUGAAACUCUUUCAGUUUUGGUGUCAGAAGACUGAUGCGUAAUUAUCAGAUAAUUCCUCUCAGCCUUUAAAUGUUCUCGCUGUUCUUCAUUAUUCCAGACAUUUCCUUUUUCUACAGCUUUCAUGCUGUGAAAUCAUUCCAUUAAAUGUUACUAAUGAUAUCAAUAAAGACAGGUUAUGUAAAAGAAAAAAAACAAAACGUGAAAGGCAGUUCCUAAGUCAGUGCUUACUAGGAGCAACUCUCUCACCAUGGCCUGUUGUGUGUAGGUUAUCAGGGCUGAGAGUGAUAAAUCAUUGAUUAGGGAUGAUGAUUUUAUAUGUUUAAAAAAAGAAUAGAGGAAUCAAAAUGUAAAACCAGUCAGCGACUAUACUGGGGUGGCCAGAAAUGAACUUAGUUGGGCUGCUUAGGUGUUCUUUGUGUCUGGGCAACACUAGGCUCUCAAGACGUCUUUUGAUUGUUAUUUUACAAAAUGAGCAACAUACUCAAUAUUGUCCUUUCUCACAUAGUUAAAACAACAAUGUAUUAAGUUCAAAAAAUACAUAUCACACACCCCCAUCUCUCUGUCACUGUGUGUGGCACAGAUGGCUGCUUUGAAUGUAAAUUAAGGACCAGUUCUUAACAUGAAAGAGAUGGUUUCGAAAAUCUUAAUCCCUGAAAGAAGUCCUGCGUAGAAAUAUCGAACAGCCUGUUAAGUGAGGAGUAAUUAAGAGAUUUUAUUCAGAUGUUUGGAUCAUGAUUUGCCGUCGAUCACACAUGUCCUUAUUCCUUUCCUGUAAAGAAUCAAUCUUGACAUAUAUGAAGGCAUGACAUUUUAAUGCUGGUUUAUGGCCAUAUUUUAGAGAUGAACCCUGUGGGAGAGACAUGGCUGACAGAGAACCAGCUUGUAGCCUGUGCGAAUGCCAUGAUGGCACAGACAGGAGCCAUCACAUGCAGCAGCAGUCAUGCAGCCAACAGACUUAAUGCCUGAAUUGGGUGUUAAUUGGUUAAUUACUGCAGCAUGUCUGAGUAGACAUGUUUUCUUAUUUAGUGUUGUUGUUUGUUUCCGACUGUGUGACUUUUUAGGUCAGACAAGCCCAGCAUAGCGCUGGUAUGUCCUCAUUACUUUAAUAUGUGGAGCGCUCUGUAGAUCCUGCUUCAGGUUUGUAGACAUCAAGACAUCAUGAUAUUUUUUCUUUAAGUACUUAAUGGACCAAUGGGCAAUUUUGGGUUGCUUUAAUGUUUCAGUCAUUGAACCACGGAUGGAUACGAAAGUCAUGCCAAUAAGCAUGGUUGACCAGUCAUGGUUCAACCUUUCAACCAAGGGACUCGAGAGAAAGGAGGACUUGGUAUAGGGAUGAUGAUGUCAUUGUAAUUCAUUAUUGAAAGCAGGCCACUACACGCUCAUCCUUUGUUGUACUGAUAAUGCUGAGUGUACAUCCUGAAGAGGAUGGUGGGCAGCUCCAGGCUUACAGCUUUUCCUAGAUAUCCAUGUACUUAUCUGUAGACUGUCUCUCUCUUUUUUUUUUUUUUAGUCUUAGCCAGCUGUUUCUGGGCACCAGUGUCUAUGUUCACUGAUGAAAACCCGCCAUCAAAUCAGUUUUUUUCUUGAUUGUUUAAAUGAGAAAAAGCAAAAAUCAUAGGGUUCAGUUUGUUUUUUAGGUCUAAACUUUACAUAAUUGCUUCACAGAUGCCCGUUUCUGCUUUGGCCGAGGUGCAGCAAUAAAAAUAUAGGUCGUAAUAACUCCUAGCACAUGAUUGUGACACCCUCUUUGAUUUAUUUUAGCUAUUUGCAAGUGAAAGUCCCUACUCAGUGACUCACAAAACAUCAUACUAUGAUUUUUUGCAGAUGAGUGUAGUGUAGGGCUGGGCGAUAUGGCCUCAAAUCAGUAUCACAAUAUAUUGAGCAGUUCACCUUGAUAACGAUAAAUGGACGAUAACUACUCCACAAGCUGCUCACCCCCUCCCACAUUAACUUUGUCUACUUCAGCCACGGCUCCAGCUGCUCCAACUUUUGAACCGUCCUCCAUCUCCUCACCUGUCUUUCCCUCUUUGUUACAGACUGGAAAGGGUGGAGUCACGUCUCUGACAUAGAACAGCAUCUUAAAGGGACAUGAGACCAUAGCCUAAAACCAACUUUUAUUUAUUUAUGUUUUUGACACAGAAUACACCGUUAUGGGCAAAUUGAUGUUAGUUAUUGUCGUAAAUUUCGGUAUCAGUAAAUUUUCAGUUUAUCGCCCAGCCCUAGUGUAGUUACAGUGAUGACAAGAGAACUGGAAUUCCUCACUGAUUGUUUCAAAAAUGUUUUUUUUUUUUUAUAUAGUUUUUCUUAGUGCUGUCAUCUUUGCUACACUUUGGAAAGAUUCACUCCCCACAGCUAUCCAAGCUGUCUGAAUUUAGGUAAGCCUCCUCUGCUAAGUCUCCAAAAGCACAGAGUGAUGACAGGUUCAUAUUUUAAUCAAGUAUGAGAUUAAGAGCACCUUAAGAUUUAGAGCCAUCAUAGGCUUUCAGGACACUUUGGAAUAAAUUAAAGUGUGUUGUGAAAGACAUACUCAUCUUAUUCCCUGUGAAAGCCAGUAAAGGCAUACAAAAGAUACUCACAUGUUUUGUUUUUGUUUUAAAGCCCAUUUAGUUCAGCUGUGUCAGAAUUUAGGGGCACUGAUUUCCACAACAGCAGAGACUCCAGAAAUUGUUUCCCCUUUUCCCAUUGAGAGAGGUCCUGUUGCUAAGCACUGCUUGUUUACAAGACAUUUAUGUGGACAUUUCUGAGAGUCUGGGAUCUCUUUCAACUGUGUCAGAGUUCUUCUCUUUUGACCACAGCCUUUCUGGUUUUGUGGGUUUACAGCUGUGUGGACCAUCACAAACCCAUUUAUUUGCUCAAAACCAUCUUAAAUGAUCUUAGGCGAUUGGUUGUUGUUCUUUCAAGCCAUGAGCUUACCACUAAUUAUUGUACGUGGGUGUGGGGGGUUAUACUGAUAUCAGUGACACACAUUCCUCCUAAAUGUAGAUUUUACAAAAUCUACAAAUGCACAUACAUAACCAUAGGCAGUUGCUGUUUUCUUUUUGAUGAUUGAUGGGAUUGGUUUUUGCAGCUAAUUAACUGAGUAACUAAGUAUCAGGUGAAGUCUAACCACUUGACUUUAUUGUAGUGUUACAUAAAACAGCUGCUUUACUUACUUAUUACAGUGAACCAAAAUCACAGGCUUUUACUCACCCACUAAACCCUGACUUAACCCUGAACUUAUCCAGAGCCUUUUAAGCUGACUCCUGUAACUCAACAAACCAAGGUGAUCAUGCACUUCACUGUGAUUGUGUUACAUUCCUGAACUUUGCUCACACCAGGACAGACUGACUCAGCCUUCACAAAAGACUUUUUUUUUAACGUGCACACAGUUUUUCAUGAGAGUAUCUUUCUUAAAUGGAAAGUUCAGUCUCACAGACACGCGUGUAAAGUACGAGUUGUAGAUCUGAGUAAAGUUUUAAUUGUAUUUGCUUUUAACUAACAUUAUGAUAACAACUUGUUCACCUAAGGGACUACGAUUUUUACAGCUCAACACCCCCAUGCAACAGUCAGGCUGGAUGGUAUCUUGUUUUGCCUGGUUGUGUAGGGGUCCUACCCAGUGCCCUCAGAGCUCCCCUAAUCCCCCAGAUACCCCCUGGUCUCCAUCAUCAAGGGCAGCCAGCUGAGUCAUCUCUCCCCCUGCUGCCUGCAGCCCAAGCGGGGUCAGGAGCGCUGAUCUGUCUGUCUGGCACUGUGCCCACCACAGGGGGGCUGGGGAAGGGAGUUAUUAUGGCAGCAGCCUUGUAAAAUACCCUGACCUUUAUCUAAGCAUUUUUCACACAUAGAUGGAAUUAGCAGUGUGUGGAUUGAUUUCAAUCAACAGGAAUCUCGAGCAGUAGUGCUGCUGACGAUUCAAGAGUAACAAAUCUGUGGGCUUAGGUUGUUGUACAGAGCUGUGUCUAAAGCAUCUGUGCACACUGUAGAGGUGGGGUGGGGGGGUUUCAUGGCCAUCUGGUGAUAGAACAUGCACCUACACACACACACACACACACUCCAAAAAUCAUGGACCACAGCAGUUAAUACCACUCUUAGUGUCAACCUUCAAGUGUGUCACUGUUCUGUAUGUUUCUGGUUUGCUCACACAGUUAAAGCCAGUCAUCAUGUGCCAAUAACUCUGUGGGAUUUCACCUGUUUUUCUGCACUUCUGUUUCUAUUUAAAUUGGCUACUUAAACCUUUAUAAAACCUUUUUUGCCCACAUCAGGCUUGCCUAACCCUAACAUUUUGGCUAAUGAAAUCUCUAUCCACCGCACAGUUAAAUAGGGCUGGUGGAUAAACCAAAAAUUUACAGAUACCGAAAUUUACUCACUUUCUAUUGAGUUUAUUCUCCCCAUGCAUUAAAUAAAAAUCUAUGAAAAAAUAAUGGUACAGCUAGGGCACAGCGAUAAUUCGAAAAAUGUACCUAUAUCGAAAUUUAUAACAAUAACCAAUGUCAUUUUGCCCAUGUCAGUAUAUUUGAUGUCAAGAAAAUAAAAUCAAUAAAAGUUGUUUUUGGAUAUGUGUGGGAAGGGUAUGGUCUCAUGUCCCUUUAAGAAGCUGUCCUAUAUUAGAGAUGUGACUCCACCCUAUCCAGUCCGUAACAAAGAGGGAAAGACAGGUGAGGAGAUGGAGGACGGUUCAAAAGUUGGAGCAGCAGCUGAAGUGUACGAAGUUAAUGUGGGAGGGGGUGAGCAGCUUGUAGAGUAGUUAUCGUCCAUUUAUCGUUAUAGCGGUGAACUUCUCAAUAUAUCGUGAUAUUGAUUUGAGGCCAUAUUGCCCAGCCCUACAGCUGAACUUAAAUGUGGCCAAAAGCUGGUCAAUACUGGCUAACAUAAACUCUGGUCAGAGGUCCCCCUGCUUCCACAGCAUACUUCGGUCAUGCCACCAUUGUUCCAGUUCAACAGCAGGGUUAGCAGCAGGCUUCAGGCCUUUUUACCAUCACAGACAACAUACUGAAGAAAAACAAUGUGCAUUUUCAGCCCUGCUGAACACAGUUAAUAGAAAGCUGAAAACAUGGAGAGAUGCAGGAAAGAUAGGGGAUGAUGAAGUUGAGAAAUGAAAAGGCAAUAAACCUUUGACAUGAUUUCAAAACUAAGGACAAGUAAAAGUUGCAGAAAUCUCAUUUUUUCUCUAAUUAUAAUUGGAUGGAUGGAUGGCUGCAAUUUAUCCCCGGAAAAGUUUGCAAUUGCAUGAUUUAUAAGGACUUUUGAUCCGACUCAGAUUUGAGCCUUAAUCCACAAGAGUCGACUGUACACUGCGUGUCCCAUACUGUAGGAAGUUAAUGGAUUCUCCCAGCAGCAGACAUAUCAGGGAUUAACCCUAUCUCGGCCUGUCUGUCUGCACGUCUGUCUGCAUUAUACAGCUGGGGGACCUAUAUACUAUGUGGAUUAAAGAAUUUCUCUUGUCAGCCAAAACUGUCUGGAUAAAAUUGCUGGUUUGGUUGGGAGAAAAAAAAGAGAGAAAGGGGGAAAAAAAGUGAGGGAAGCAAGAAUCUGAAACACUGAUGGAUACUUAGAAGCAUGCAAGCAGUCUGCAGCUGUGAACAGUUUCUGACAUGAUCCCUGUAUUCAUAAUCUGCCCCUCUCCAAGAAACACUAGUACAAACAGAUAUGUUCAUAAGUGGCACAGAUUGUGUGGGGAAUUAAGGAGAAAUUUUGGCAUUCAUUGAAGUUGACAAGUUGACUCUUUUGUAUGAAUGAGUGGUCAAGAUCGGUCCUUUGACUCAUGCAGAGAUUGUCUGAGAUUUUCCACAGGGUAAGUGUCACCUUGUGCUGCAUCUGUCAGAGUAGCUCUACCUUCUCUUGACUGUAACAUGACCUGUCAGAUAUCUCAGUUACUGUCAAGACCAUUUGACUGCCUUUUAUAGGAGUCAUGGAGCACUUUUAUUUUGAAAAGACAUUCUUGGUAUGCUUUAUUUUGUAGAUAUUUCUUUUAAUACUCAACUGCUUAAUAUGUUUCUGUCUCGUUAUACCAGCAUGUUGAAGGUGUGCAAAAGCAUAUAUUGGGGCUUCAAAAGAGUGGAUUAUUGGAAAUGGAGUCAAACAGCCAGCCUUACCAUCAUCAUUAGCCUUUAUGAGGCUGACAAUAAUGUUAAUGAUCAAAUCUCACUAGAGAUCGUUGUUGUUUGUAAAAAGCUAUUUCAUAACAAAGUGAGAAGUAUAAAAAUCUUCUUGCGCAAAGUCCACGAAUUUAGAAAAUAAUGAAGGAAGUCAUACUUGAUCUCCACAGGAGACAUAAUCAGUGUCUACUUAACUUGACAGUCAGCCAUGUUUCUUUAAACCUUCCCAUAUGAUAUUUCAUCCAAUAACAGCCCACUGAAGUUCAUGCUAUUCCCUUUGUGUUUAUUAUCAUCAAAUACAGAUAAGUGAUGUUGUUGCUGCUGUGUGAUGAAUUAACUGUUCAUUAUGUUUCCAUUUUUACAGACAUACUCCGGACUCUUCUGCGUUGUCAUAAAUCCCUACAAAAACCUGCCCAUCUACUCAGACAAUAUCAUCGAGAUGUACAGGGGCAAAAAGAGGCACGAAAUGCCCCCUCACAUCUAUGCCAUCUCAGAGUCCGCAUAUAGAUGUAUGCUACAAGGUGAGUCUGAGCACUAAAAAAAUCUCACCUGAUAUGACCCAUUGAAUUGACCCAUUUUGGAAUUCUUUGGAAAAUUUGAUUAUUGUCAGAAUUGCAUUUCUUAGUUUCUAUGGUUUUGAAUUGCACUGACAGGUCCUGAAAUAGAUUUUUUCCCUUUUUAUACUGUGCAUGAACAGACCUAUUGUUCUCAAUCUUGCUCUCACUGUCACUGAUUUACAUCUGUGCAGCAAUAAAGAUCGGGGUUUUUCCGUCUUCAUCAAAGGCCUGUAUCUGGGUUCACUUUAGGAUACUUCUAGGAUGUACAGGAGCAGGGCAUGACAUAUUCUAUAUACCAAGUGUGCAAAGUGAAAGCUCUCACAACACCACCUGGAGUUUAAAGAAGUAGAAAAAAUGUCAGCAACAGCCGAUCAGCACAUACUGCACCACUUCACAAAACUUCAAGACAAUUUAGAAGGGGCAAAACAAUAUUAAGAACCGCUGCCUCUUUGACUUUGAUGGACCUGAGAGUGAGUGUAUUCUCCAUUGCUAAGGAAGCUGUGAAAGUUAAGCAGAACAAUCCGACUGCAGAGCACACAGCUUCUUUUUCUGCAAAAGUAACUAAAAAAUGUGACUGAUAGGCAGUAAUGCCGACAAUGUGUGAAUGAGUCCAAGUUCUGUUAAGCAUUCCUACAAAUCUGAAAAAUUCUGAACCCUUUUUUGAUCAAGUCCUCAGUAAAUGCAGAGGCAGCUGCCUCAAGUCUUCCAUGUUGUUGAGCAUCACUUGGACCUGAAGGUCUUUAAAUGUCCUAAGAAAUAGGGCAGGGCAAUAAACCAAAAAUUUACUAUAUGAAAUUUAGAACAAUUACCAACCUCAUUUUGCCGAUAUCGGUAUAUUCAGUGUUAAAAAUAAAUGACCAAUAAAAGUUGGUUUUAAAUGUGUGUAGGUAGGCUAUGGUCUCAUGUCCCUCUCAUGUGUGACUCCACCCCAUCCAGUCCGUAACAAAGAGGGAAAGACAGGUAAGGAGAUGGAGGACAGUUCAAAAGUUGUAGCAGCUGAAGUUAAUGUGGUAGGGGGUGAGCAGCUUGUGGAGUUAUCGUCCAUUUAUUGUUAUUGAGGUGAACUUCUCAAUAUAUCAUGAUAUUGAUUUGAGGCCAUAUCGCCCAGCCCUACUAAGAAAUGUUAACAAAGCAGAUUGAAGUAAAUGCUGAAAUAAGCAGUCCUAAGAGAGAGAAUCAUGAUUUGCUUUGAAUUGAGUGUUUAUGUGCCAUCGAACCCUGGCCUCAAGAAUCAAAAUCAAAUUGUGAGGUAUUGAAAGAUUCAUACCCCGAUUUAAACCGUGUCUUCUUGUUUCGCUAAAAAAGCACACAUUGACUUCUCCUAUUUUCAACCUCAAGUAAGACAUGAUGAUAUAAUCUCCCUCUUUGCUCUGACAUGGCUUUGAGUGGGUUGAUGUCAUGAGGAAAUGUUGCUGCUAAUUUUCCCUUCUUCAAUUUAAGGUUUUGUCUUUAGAGUUUAAUUUGUUUUUAAUUCAUUUGGAAGCAUAAAAUCUUGUAAGAGAAGGUGAUCUUCUCAAAUGAUGUCUACAAACAUCCUUGCCCGGUGGAUGGCAAGCCUCCAGGUCCUAUGAGUUGUGACUUACUGGGAUCAGACCAGCGAGAACAGAGAGGGUGACCCUAUUGUGCCUGACAAUAGGUUCUUUAUGUGAUUGCGGGCUGACCAGUGGGGGUGGUGAUAAACCGGACAGUCCCAUCAAUCCCUUUAGGCUUUGCUCUCCACAUGUUUGAACGCAGAAGGAAGUUUCAGUCAUGUCAACAAGUAGCUUGAUGAUCCCUUCAUCCUAUUUGAACAAAGACUGCUGUCAUAGAUCACAUCUGCUGGUGUUUUUUUUACUCUUACCUUUUUUGGUAAUGGUUAAAUCUAAGUUGUAGUUCAAAUAUGCUUGUUUUCAUGUUGGGUGAAUGGUCCUAAUUCCUCACUUCAAGUUAAGUGCAAGCACAGGACCAUGGUUUUAGUAUUCGCUCUAUCUCAGCAGUUUUGGAGCUAUGCCAGCCCGUCAUUUAGUCCUGCUAGUUUUUGUUGUUAUACACACCCUGUGCUCACUCCACACUGUGUUUCUACAUGAGUGGACAUAAAUGCAUGGGGGGCAGGGCAGAGAAACCCAUCAAUAAGAACUGCAUUGAUUCAACGUAUUUCUGUGUUUAUUACAUUUGUCAAAGCAGUGACCUCUGCCCUGGAGCUGUUCACAGUCCCACAUGUGUUUUACAUGUCUUACAAUAUCACAAGUCUGGCCUGUGUUUUUAAUGCACGGCUACUGCAACCCAUUUUCAGUCAUGGUCGUAUCAGAAUUAAGAGUGUUGUGGUUGAAAAGGAGGUUUGUAGGUUGCAGAUUAGUGGAGGCCAGCUGCUGUUCAGCUGUGGCCCUGAGCACUUCAGCAACCUGGUUAAUAGUGAAUUUCCAGCCGUUAAGAUUAGCACUAAAGCUUUUCUCCACUUUCUUUUGAAGUGGGCAAUGAAGUCACUGGAAAGAAAGACGUAAUGGCUGCAUAUUUCUUAAGCGUUUGAAAUCGGAGAUUGCCAUGGAUUUGUCUGUCAGGAUAUUAUCUUGUGAUGUUGUAAUGAACAGAGUUUUUUUAUUGCAUUUUCUGGAAGUCAGUAACCUUUUGAUAGAUGAGUGAAUUAAAAAUGUUUCAGCUCAAUGAGGAAACUAUGUGUCUGUGGUUUUCUGAAUGGGGCAGAUUUUAACACAGCUAACACCAGCAGCCUCCAGUUCUCCCUGGAGGUCAAUGUCCACAUACCUGUGCUGACAUACAUGCUACAGACAUACUAGAACAUGUCGCUUCAUAUCCAUUUACUGGAUCAAAAUCCAGUAACACCACACAGGGAUAUAAGGUGCCACCUGUCACCUGUGCUUGGUUACAUCUGGAUAGUAGAGCACUUUAUUAGGGCACAGAUAAAAACAUGUAACUUGACCAUGAAAGUGGAAUCAGUGUUCAAGGGAUAUUACGUUGUAGAUUUACAACUUUAACACUGAGUUAGACACCCCCUUCAAAGAUGAAUGUUGCUGACUGCAUAUAGAAGGCAGAAAGGAGAGAGAAAAAUCAAAGCGUUUGUACAAAACACAAACAAUUUUUACAAAGUAACCCAAGAAUUAAAUCAAUAGAUGACACUUAGUAAUUUUGACAGGGCAAAGCAGAUAUAUUUAACACCUAUUAUCCACACAUAUUUUUAGAUAAACAUUAAAUAAGAUUACAUGCAAUAGUUAUGAGCUGACAUUUAAAAAUACGAGUUGCAGCUGUAGUCCUAAUAAAGAAAAUUAAAAAUGGCAAGAGUUCAAACCGCAUGGUUCUUCUAUCUACUGGUCUUGCCUAGUCCCAGUUGUCUCACAUGGUUUCAUGAAAUGUCAGUCAUUACUAAUAGACUUUUCACACGUUACAUUAAGACUUUUAGGUGUUAGUUGCCAUAUGAACAACAAAGUACACUCCAGGCAGAUAAUUUGUAGCUUCUGUUUUAUGACCCGUGGAGCUGAACGCAUGGACGAAUCUUAUUUGCGGCUGAGGGGUGUUUGAACCUGGCAGGGAUCUGUUAAUUACCUCACCGUUGCUGUGAAACCAGUCACUGCUCAGAUGGGAGGUUAAAUGAGGUGUUACCCAACAAAGACAGGGUGUGUUACAGACCCCGAGAACUUAUUGCACGUCUGUCAUUGAUUACCCAGAUACUACACAUAAUUUCACUCCCUGCAUAGCCAUUUUAAACUCUGACGUACAAUAUGCUAACCUUAUCAGAUCUGGAAACAUGUUUGGAGGAAAUGCUGAUCCUACUUAGAUUUGUUGAAGGACCCUUAAUGUCAGCAGUUGUGGUAGGUUCCAACAUUUGGUGAACAUCAACAGCGUCAAACGUGUCCCUGGUUGAGGUCAUGAAACAGAGGUAUUUGUUCUGUUGGACAUGGUGCAACAACCCCCCCACCUCUUGAGUCUCUCCCUGGUGUUUAAUCAGGCUGGUAGGCCAUGUCAAGCUCUAUCAACCGAGGCGUUGGUGAAGUUUCCCCAAAGCACUGUUCAGGUCCAUUUUAUCAGCUCCUCUCACAUGUCAGCAGAGUUUACAAUAUCGAGAAAAGAUUGAAUUACUUCUUUGGUGUAUUUAGUUUUCUCUUUAUUGUGCGGUGUUAUCCACUCUGUCAAGAAAAUGUCACGAAGUGAGCAGAGGAAUGUUUAUAGUGGCACAGAAAACAGUCUUGCUAAACUCUGGCCCACCUGGCACCGAUGACGUCCAUAGCAAACAGUAAUGGCUUCGAUGUCCUUUUCAACUCGGACUUAACCCUCCUCCUGGGCACAUAUAAAGUACUCAGGAAAUUGGCUAAUCUUUUGAGAAGACAAAGCACCACUUUUAGAAGAUUCCAUGAGGAGCUGUAGAUGGAGGACAGAUUUACAAUCACUGAAACUGUUUUGAUCUCACAAAGUUAGCUCUUGUGACCUUUGUAGAUCUGAAGUCAUCUGUAGAUCUGUAGAUGUGUUUGGAUCAAAGGAUCCUUGGGGAGGGAAGGUGGAUUGUCAGACUUUAAAUGUCAACUUGAACUUCUGUUAGUUGAUUUCCCGUGUCGCUCAUAUUGCUUGUCAAUGCCAUUUUCCAUGGAUUAGAUGGAGAUCUUACACCUUAUGGCUUUUGUUACCCAGCAUACAGUUACUAUCUGGAGUCUCUCUGGUAAAGUCUCAGGUGUGUUUUUACACUUCACCAAAUAACUUUUUUCUUUUCAUCAUGAACUAAGAGUAAGAUGGAGUAUCAGACCAUAACGUCUUUGUACAAUAGCAGAAGUAGUAGAAGAUUUACUCUCCCUCUGCCUUUGUUAUUACCCUCGUCCCUCUUAAAUAUAUCAUCUUUGGUAUGUCUUAUUUUCCUUUUGGUGCUAAAUGAGUUUCCAUUGGCUUCCACGGUGCGUGUCAGCACUGAUUUAUUUAGUUACCGCUGUAUUUGAAUAAUCAUAGAUUUUCCUUAGGAUUUUUUAGAUACGUUUUUUUCGUCUCAGCUGGCAUUAAUACACCCAGAAUUUAAAUCUAAAUCCAGUAAUCACUUUUGGUCUGACACAGUUGAUCUCCCUGUUGGAUUUCAUUUGAGACUUUCCAUCUCAAAAUAUCUACACAUAUAAAACCUGAUAGUCUGGGUCUCCACUACAUUUGUUCCUAUCACUUGAUCUUUGGCUGAAGCAUCAGCGUCCUCUGUGCCACAGGCCUUAAAAUGGGUGAUUAAAAUGACUGACUGCCGUGACUUUUAUGUUUUUGACGGAUACUUCUGUGACAGUCUCUAGUCCCUUUUCAGCAGCAGGAGACAAGAGAAUAGAGACAAGACUUUAUUUCUGAUACUUCAAACAUACCUUUAGCCUUUUUUUUGAUGGGGUUAGAAGUGUGAUGUUUAAACCGCUCUGGGAUGUUAAAUUAAUAAGCAAUUUUCAGCCCCCUCUGAAUAUUAAGACAGCUCCUCUGUGCCAAAAAGGACACUACUGACACCAAGAAAUGUUUCAAAACAGAGACACUCAAGAGAUUUCGCUCUGUUUUUGUUUUAGUUCAGUUACAUGUUGAAAUUUUUCCUCCAUGGUGCUUAGAAGCAGAUCCUAUAAUUGCCACAUGGGGGAAAAAAAUUGCCACAUGGGAUCCUUGACUACUACUACUACUAUUUCAUUUUAGCUGGAAAAUCAAAUAUAUGUGGUGGUCCAUGAAUAAAAGGUCUCUGAUGAUGGUCACUGCAGGUUUUAACAACUGUUAUGUCAGAGUGGGAUACUAGACUUGCAGGACUUUACCAUUUUUUUAGAUAAAGUGUCACAGGUGUUGUGAUGUUUGUGUAAAGAAUGCAUCAUUGAAGAGCACCACAGGUAUCCGUGUAGAGUAGGGAUAGGCGAUAUGGGCCAAAUAGAUAUCUCAGAAGAUUUGCCACUCUGGCAAUAACAAAAAAAGUCCCCAUAAAAAAUGUUAUAAUUCCAAACUAUAUUUUUGACUCAUUUUGUCUUGAGAACACCAGUCGGAGUUGUCAAAUAAGACAUUUAACCACAAGUUUAAGUGGUAGGUUAUGGAGAAAAUUAAUGACAUCAAACAAGUCUGAAAUGUGAAAACAUUUUCAACAUUUAUUAAAAACUCUUAUUGCACAGAGUGAACAGCAGCAGAUCCACUGUCCAAUGUCAGGCAUACCUGAUUGCACUCAUCUAAGCCCCAACAAUACAAAAUCAUUCUAGCUCCUAUUUUCUCAACAAAGCUGUUUCCUUCUUAAAAUUAGCGUGCUUUACGGUGUACAUGUGUCUCUAUUAGCCCGAACAGUCACCUGAUAGACUCUUGUUUUGACAUCAGUGUGUUUUUGCCUUGCUGUGACACUUGAUCAACAGCUCGAUUAGCGUGCAGCGCUGAUUUCUGAGGUGAGUGUUUGCACUUCACUGCUACUUCUAAAUACAGGCAUUAGCCAUCAGUGGCAGACACUGGCCCAGGCCCAGCGUGCCACAGCCUUACAAUGAGCUCACUGUCGUGAGGCUGAGAUCAGCCCCUCUGCCUCUUCCCAACCCCCUUUUCUUCUCUCCUUACUGGGAGAAAUACCACAUGCAGAGCUGCUGUGUUUAUGUCAAAGCCUUAAGACAUCUUCAAAUCUUUCACUGUCAGCAGUGUCUAAGACGACUGACACAAACAUUUACCAUCUGACAAAUACUCACAUCAAAUCUGCCUGUCUUUUGGCUCAAAACUGGUGAAUUUUAACCUAAUUUGUCAGAUUUGAUUUAAAAGCAUCUCCUUAAAUCUAAUUUUGAGAUUAUUUUAAAAAUCUUGCAAUGUGUAAAAAAAACUCUUACAAUUAUCCUUAUAUUGGAAACUUUGUUCAGAUUUCCGAACCUUUAACUGAAGAAUUGAGUUAAGUUGGGUUACCUUCACUGCCCUGCAGACAUUAUGGAGUCAUGUGAAGCUGGCAAGAGCAUCACCAAUCAUGGGAAACCCACAUAACAGCUCUUAUGACUAUCAAGUAAUGUUACAGAAAUAACAGGCCUGUCUGGGUGGUUCUGCACAGACACACACAGUCCUUCAGCAUUAAUCCGUGCUUUUCAGUCUGGAGAUGUUGUUAAAGUUGCAGCAGAGCUGGCAAAUUGUUGAAUGGAGCAGUGAACAGUCUCACAAUGACCUGAUAAUAUCUUUUCACUGUGUCUGCAGUCAGUCUGAUAGAGGAGAGCCGAGCCUCCUGCACGGCGUUGUGUUUGUGUCUGACUCAGAUAGGGAUGUGAAUGUAAAGAGGGAUGAGGAGGAGGUGGGGGCUUACGGGGGGUAGUGUUUGCAUGUGUGCUGUCAUGCACAGAGAAUUAGUUGACGUGAUAGCUUGGCAGUAGCUUUAGUGUGUGCUUGUGCUUGCAUGCAUGAGUACAAGGCCAAUUCCCCUUGUAAUGACACUUUACUGCAGGAAGUUUCUGGUCAAGUCAGGAAACCUGGGUUGUUCCUGAUGAGCCAUCCAGCUGUGUCCUCAGUCAGAUAACCCUCCAUCAUUUUACCCAGCAGUCAGCACUUCAGUCCGGUAAACCAACUCCAACUCCAGUCUUUUGAUUCAACAUUUACAGACUGAGUUUAAAUUAUUGUCUGCAUAUAUAAAGAGAGAAUUUCAAGAUGAGAGCAACAGCUGGAGCUUGAUAACAUGUGGUCACUCUUUUGUUUUAGUUGGGGGAGUGGAGUCCACCUGCAGAAUGAUGAAUCUACCCAGAUAUUUUACCUUACCUUAAAAAAACAGUCUCGUAAAAUUAACCUGCUAUACUAGAGUUUUGGAGUCAGAUCAAUAUUUGCACCAUGAGGAUAAUCAUGUACAUGAUCGUCUCUUUGACCACCCCUACUUCUUUGAUUUCAAUCUAGUUUGUUCCUGCAGUCCACCUGCUCCAUGUAGAAUUUUGUGUUUUCCUUAUUCACUAAAUUUCCUUGGUAUUUACGCAGGGCUGGGCAAUAUGGCUUCAAUUCAAUAUCACGAUGUAUUGAGCAGUUCAUCUUGAUAACGAUAUAUUGACGAUAACUACUCCACAAGCUGCUCAACCCCUCCCACAUUGACUUUGUCUACUUCAACAGCCGCUCCAGCCGCUACAACUUUUGAACCGUCCUCCAUCUCCUCACCUGUCUUUCCCUCUUUGUUACUGACUGGAUGGAAAGUCAUGUCUCUGAUGUAGAACAGCGUCGCAAAGAGACAUGAGACCAUAGCCUACCUACACACAUCCAAAACCAACUUUUAUUUAUUUAUUUUUGACACCAAAUAUAUUAACAUGGGCAAAAUGAUGUUGUUAUUGUCGUAAAUUUCAGUAUUGGUAAAUUUUUGGUUUAUCGCCCAGCCCUAUAUUUUUGCCUUAUUUCUGUUUUUUUGCUGCUCAUUUAGCAGGUUUACAAGGCCCAUCAUUCAGGGCUGCAUCCACUAAUUCAGGAACAGAGAAAUAAUAUGCUGGUUAAGGAGGAUUUGUUUUCUUACUGCAACAAACUCUUGUUGACUCGCACGCAGCCUUUUGUUUGUUUUAAAUUAUGUUUUCCCUUAAACUCUGACAAAUUCGAUCUGCUAAUGCACCAAUGUGCCAAUCACCAGUCACCAGUGAAUCCUUCAAUUAACAAACAUGUGGAGUCUGCACUUUAGUUCCUCUAUCAAUUACCUCAGGGAUGAACCCCGUGAUGAACAGGCACUUAGUCAUCAAAUAAAGGUACAGGAAGAUUUGUAAGCUAGGAUGAAAUCAGUCGGUUGCCUCAUGCUACCUCUGACUGUCUGAUGGUGCUUUAUUUAACCCAUAGAAUUUGGUAUUUAAUGUUGUGUAGAAUUCAUAAUUAUUGACGUUUUAAAACAUAAUGUGGGAAAGAAGACAAUUGGUUUAAAAUGUUUGAAUGUAUAGAUUAUUUUUGACUAAAAUAAUCUCUACUUGAACAGAUAACAUUUUUUUAUGUUGAGUAGAGCUUACAGUGUACAUAGACAUCAAAAUGCUGAAUGAAAUGAGUUUCAGAGGAGAUUCGUCAGCUUUUAUCUAAUCUGUAGACGACCAUGUGACUGGAUAGGAGGCCCUCUCUCCGUGGGGGGGCAUUGACGGGAAGGCAAUAGACUUUUUUCCCAUGACAUCACCGUCACAUCACCCCCCUCCCCAAGGGGCCACUAGAUGUCCAGUCUGCCUUAUUUCAGUCUUACUACGCUUUACUCUCCCAACUUCCCCAGAGGCCAAUAAAGAAACAUUAGAUCUCACAUUUUAUCACCACAUGACCACAGUGCUAACCGACCAUGGCACAGUACACAUUUACAUUUCAGACCAAAAAGGAAAUGAAUCACAGAGUGCUAAGAAAUUAAAAAUUUACACCCCUCAUGGAAUUCUACACAUACUAGUAAUAUACCAGCAAUAUAGAGCUCAGAGUGCCAUUGCCUUAUCUCCUCAUUGCAGUAGGUGGACUUCACAGUGCCGCUUUACUGGCAUUUUGGGUUUUUGCGAAUCUGUAAUUAUAUGAUGUGAAAAGCUAUUAAGCUCUGUCCAACCAAACAUGGCCAGCUUCAAACAGUUAUUUUAUUUUCUGAGCCUUUUUGCUUUGAAAACAUGAUAUUUUUUUACAUUUGAUGUCCAGCUGCCGUACACACAGUGAACUUGUCUUUGGAAUUCAAAUGUACAAUCUGCUGUUUUGAUGGUGUGUUUGUCAAUCAUAAGUGUGAUGGCACAGUGGAGAGUAAGUUAAAGACAGACUACUGAAUUUGACCCCCCCCUCCUCUGUUUGCCUCUUACAGAUCGAGAGGACCAAUCAAUCCUUUGCACGUGAGUACAGAGGGUUACUUGACUACAUUUAUUACUGUUUAAAGCUUUCUGAAAGUAUUGUUCUGGAUGUUUCUCUUUUAUAAUGAUAAUAUUUUGUCUUUUUCCCUCUUUAUUGACAUCAUAUCCCUAAAUUGUGUGUGAUUGAAUUGAAUUGAACUGAUUAAGAUAUUUAUCAGUAAUUACAUGAUUCAGUAGCAGUGAAAGUGAACCAGCUGCCCUUGGGCUUUGACAGUCGUUUGAAAUAGUCCAUGUCACUGACACUGACUAGGCUGUCAGUACUCACAGAGAAAAGUGAGAAAUGUGCGUCUGAGAAAUGUCUGACAUUUUUGCCACGCAGCCCUCUGGCGUCUUUCUCCUGACAAGUGUCUGAAGAUGACAGGAAUGCCGGCAAAGAAAAUGCCAGAGAGGGUAUUGAAACAUAAACCAUGCAACAGCAGCUCCGUCUUACGGCUUGGUGAUGAGUGAUCUGUUCAUGUUACUUAUCCCUUCUAGAUAAACAUACAGGAGCUUAAAAUAACUUGCAGAACACACCUUACUUUGAAAUCAUUAGAUCACAAUACCACCACAAAUAAAGCUGCCCUAUCCAAGCCUUUUCAGUAUUUCAUCUGUGAUAUUUAAACCAAAAUUAUUUCAGUCCUUACUUCUCAGAUGGUUUUGUUUCAGAGCAUUUUGUUGAGUAACGCCAGGAUGUUGCAAUAUUUGGGUAAAUGCAGAAAACAAACUGUUAAUAAAGUGAAUAACUGUUAAUAGCUCACUAACAUCACGCUCCUUUUGUGAGCCAGUCACAAAAGAACAGCACUGACAAGUAGGGGUGUGCGAUAUGACGACAAUCUGCCAAAGCACAGAGAUCGUAGAACCGUCUGUAAUGUGUUUAUAUCCCUAACAUGUGCCUGAAUACAUUUCUUGCCCUGUCAAAUCAAAAGUUAAGAAAGCACAUUUUAAUUUACCCACAGAAUUAAUGUGUUAUACGUUCAUAAAAGUGACUGCGGUAGCGCAAAAAUCAGCCGAAAAAGGACAAGGUACGCUUCCUCUCUUUUCUCUGUCCUUCCGCUCUGCUCUGUGUAUUUUUUCAGGCUCACUCACACACACGCCCCUCCCCCUCAGAAAACAUCCAAUCACUGUUUAGUAUGCAAAUGAGUCAGGAAGUAGCCAGACUAGUUAAGAUAAAUGUUAUGCUGUCAUAAAUGUUAUCUAUUAUUUCUAUUUUUCAUCCCCCCUUCCCAGGAAAAAUCGUGAUUUAAAAAAAAACAACAAAAAAAAACGUGAUCACAACAUUUUUUCAUAUCGCCCACCCCUACUGACAAGGAGCGCUCACUCUUCACUGACUAUUUUUGAUUGGAUGUCACGCUCUCCAGCUUUAUGCAGACAAACACAAAUCUCUGUUCGUCUUAUGCAAAUUAAAAAAAGAUCAGACAGACAUCACACACAGGAGAUGAGCACAAUCUGUGAUGAUGUAACGGUAAACUUUGGUCAUGAAGCGUCGACGGUUCAAACUCAAGUGAACACUAGAAAAAUAAGAUCCAACCCUUGAACGCACUGAACCAUGUUAUAGAACAUCUGUGUCCUAACCAUGCUGCACUAUUAUUAACUCUAAUCACUGUGUGGGUGUCAGCUCCCAAUCAUCUUAAUCAAAGCAUGUGCAGAUGAAGAUCAUGUAUCAUAAUUAUAGUGGUCUGAAAUGUAAAUACAGAAGAGAUUUCCCAGAAUAGGACAAACACAGACAUAUUCAUGUAAACAAGUACAUCACUAAGUACAGUACAUACAAACAUGAGAAAUGACCUGAAAAAUAAAAAUGGGAUCUCAGUGAAUUAUUGGUGUUUUCACAAUCAUAGUUAAGGCUCUCCACUCUUGAUCUUAUCACUCAGGAAGCAUGUUGUGCAAACAGUUUUUAUUUCCAGCACAGAAAACAUGAAACUGAUUCCAAACUGAUCCUGAGAAUGUCAGUGUAGAUGCACAAACAAAAUGAGUAGAUUUGAUAAGGUCAGUCCUUCCUGUCUUUAUGACUUUUUGUUUGAAAUGUGGGAAAUCCAACACCCAGCUGUCCGAGGCCAUAAAAGCAGACACUGCCUACUCCCUUCAUGAUCACCUUCAAACACAGCAGCCAACAAGACUUAGGCCACUUGAGUAACACUCUCCCAGUCUUUACUUCCAGCCACAUCACACUUGCUCAACCUGAAAGCAAAACAAUAUUUUUGCAUACUUGGUGUAUGAAAAUUUGCACUUGUUAUAAAACCUCAAGAAUGUGCUAAAUCUAAACUGCUCCCGUCUGAGUUUAUGCUCGGCUCAGAGGACUCGAGAAGAUUUUCUCCCUUUUUUUUUAAAGCCUCAGUUACUGAAUGACAGAGACAGAAAACAGCAGGAGGACACGCAUCCAUAAGACCAGGAGAUACAUGAUGACACUGCCAGUACCGUUUACAUAGUUUGAAAACUAUACAUGUGUAUUUCCUUGGGAAGAAGAGACAGGGGCUGGAGUUUGUCUUUAUCAACACGCACCUGGUAAACUCAUUAGCUGAACACUUAGUGGCCGGAUAGAGUGAUUAAGCAUUAGUGAUGAAAAUGACUUAAUGAUAAAAAGGGUUAAAUAUAAAUGCAGAUUUUUAUAGUGACUCUUCUGAGGGUGUCUAUUUUUAUGUGCGUUGUCUUCCUUUGUGUCGCAGAGGUGAGUCAGGAGCUGGAAAGACAGAAAAUACAAAAAAGGUCAUUCAGUACCUGGCACAUGUUGCCUCCUCCCACAAAGGAAGAAAGGACCACAACAUUCCUGUGAGUAUUGCCUUUUGUCGUCUCCUGUUCUUAUUUUUACAAAGGCACUUAAAGCAGGCUUUUAGAAUUCCCAUAUUGAUGCUUUUUGUAUAAAUGUGCAUAUAAAUGAAGAUUUUGUAUAAAUACAGAAAAACCCCACCUUGCUGUAUUCCACUGAAAACACCUUUAAAAGUUGAAAUGUUGUGGAAAUAUUUUACUGCAGAUAGGAGUGUGAUUUGUCACUGAAAAGUACAAACAGUUCAAGUGUUGGUAUAAAAAGUGAAAACGUUGAUAUUUGUGCUGGGACGUGGCUUAGUGCACCGGGUUUGUGUGCGCAGAAUCUAACAAUUUGCAUUUGUUUAUCUGUGACAAACAGCCAGAAUCACCCAAACCAGUGAAACUACAGGCAAGUCUUUGUGAUUUUUACAUACUGUGUUUACAUGCAUGCUUUCCUUACAGUAUAUUCUCAUCCUAAACAAAUCUAAUUGACUUAUUGAUGAAUGAUUGGACAAACAGUUGAAGCUCAAAGACACUUUAAGUUACAGCUGACACUUAAUACACUAUACUGGGUAAAAAUGCAUGGCGUCACUCUGGGAGAAACUUAUCUAGCUUUGUUGUUGUCUCUCUCUGUCAGGCACAAAAUACAAUUGUAAGUACAUUUUAAAAACUGGCAUGAUGCUUGAAUUUCAUGUUUAUGUCUUGCUUUUUGUCCAGAUUUGUCUCUUUGGUUGCCGUUAAUGUGAUCCAUUGUCAGUGAAAACAAAGUCACAUGCAUGUUAUUUUUGUUAUUUUCAUUUGUUGGAGCACUGCCAUCUUGUACUUUGGAAAACUUUUUUUUUCAUACAUGGUUUUGUGACAGCAGGACAGGUAUUUUCUAGUUUAAGACUGUUGUGAGUUUGGAGGGUGAUCAUACCUGUCUGGAUACACAGCUUUUUUUAUAUAAAAGCAAAGUUAUGUUGUCUAAGUUUGCCUGCUGUACUCAGAAGUGUCAGUUAGGAGUAAGAGUUAUUAAGGCAGUCUAGAACUGCAGUGUAAACCUCAGUGCAUGGUACAAAAAAAUCAAUUAGCCAUUAUCCUUGAAUACCUGCAGUAACCCGGAUCAAGAGGAUGAGGAUUAUAACCCAUAGAGGAAUUGUAGUAAUGCAGCAGAUGUAGGUUGUUGUGGAUUCUGUUUUUGCAUCAUUUUAGAGUGCUAAGUUUAGAGUACCAGCUCAUUUGUCUCAUGGCAUUACUGCACUUUAUCUUUUUGCAUAAUAACAAAUUGAAUCUCCUCAUAUCCUACAGAGUGGACCCCUGUUUUAUGUGAGUAGCAUGUAGUUUUUCAACUAUCUCACCUUACUGACAGUAUGAAAGGGGUGCUGUACCCACUCUGUUAGUACUGACUAUUAACUCCUAAAAUAACUCACUUUCAACCUUUUUGACUUUCUAACUCUGAUUUGCUUGGAGUUUGUGCAGCAGAAGCUUUUUAUCCAUCUAAAUCCACCUGCUGCAAAUGUGCUUAAGCAUGGUCCUGUCCUCACUGAGUUAUUACUUACUGUUUUUUCUCACUGAGCAUUAACAUUACUUGCAACACAAGGGCAUCUCCCUCUGUAGUAAUAAAUCGCUGCUCUAAUCCUUAUUUAAUAGCGCUACAUGCUGCUAGAAGCUGAGAGAUCCUAUGGUUUUUGUGUGAGUGCAAAAUGAAGCUAGUUAUUAAAAACACACCUCCUGUUUAAUGUUUGAUUCUGUCUUUUAAAACCUGCUGACACUAAAGUUUGUAAUCAACCAUCAGGCAAGCUACUUCUCUACAGCAGGUGAAAAAAACAAAAUGCAGAAAAAAAAAGUAAAUAAAUCACUUUAAUUUACUUUAGAUGUUUGAACAAGAUACAACUACCCAUACUUUAAAUUUAAAAUGUCUAAAAAAUAUAACAAAUACUUUUUCAGCACUACUGCAGGCCAAGCACUCCUCAAUUAUUAUUUCAGUAUACAAAAAAAUCUGUUUAUAUAAACCUUAAAACAGCUGUAUGUAGGGCUGGACGAUAUGGCCUCUAAUCAAUGUCACGAUAUAUUGAGCAGUUCACCUCGAUAACGAUAAAUGGACGAUAACUACUCCACAAGCUGCUCACCCCCUCCCACAUUAAUUACUUCAGCUGCCGCUCCACCCGCUACAACUUUUGAUCUGUCCUCCAUCUCCUCACCUGUUUUUCCCUCUUUGUUACUGACUGGAUGGGGUGGAGUAUAGACCAUAGCCUACCUACACACAUUCAAAACCAAUUUUUAUUUAUUCAUUAUUUUGACAUCGAAUGUUGUCGUAAAAUUUGGUAUUAGUAAAUUUUCAGUUUAUCGCCCAGCCCUAGCUGUACCAUUUUUUAGAUGUUAUUUUUAUUUAACACAUGGGGUGAAUAAACUCAAUAGAAAGUCAGAUCAGGAUGCGAUAUUCAGCAUACAUUUACUCUUAAGUGUGUUCACGAGCUCACAGGCCAGUUCAUUUUAAUCAUUCAACAGAAACCUCCCGUGACCUCCUCUUUUACUGAGUCAGAGUCAGCCUUAAAAUCUCUGCUGGCUCAGAUGAGCUCUCUGCGCUGGCACCUUCCCAUCCAGAUUCAAACCUUGAGCCAUUUCCAAAAAAGUGCUAGUGAAAAGAGCGACUUGUAAGAUUUGAUGUGAGCCUCUGGAGCAGAUGUUGAGCGGUGAACACACAUCCACAACUUCUGGCCUUUGCCUCUCAAUAUGUAGUGGGACAGUUUUGAUCCUGUUUGAGUCCACUCAGUCAAGUCUGUCCUCAAACACUGUUUUGCCUGCAGAAAAGCCUGUUGUUCGAUAAGAGUGAACUUGUUGCGAUUACCAGUAAACGUUUUAUACAGCACUACAGCUGCAUAACUAAAAAUGAGAAGAUACUGAUUUUCGUUCUGUUGAGACUGAUCGUGUCUCUCAUUUAUUUGAUUGUCAUAUCUCAUCUGCUAACAUGGGAUCACAACAAUUGGCCCUCUCAGUAGAGGAGCUGUCGCUUUUGGCUGUCAGAGGUCCGAUAUGUGCACUUUGUAGCAGGAAUGUGGGUCAGCUUGUAAUGCUGCUGAAUUGGCCCCCCGUCGGUGUUUGUAAUCUGCUCUUUGUUUUUAUGGGUGCACAGCAGACCACACAGAUGGGUAGAGGUUGCCAAUGAAGAAUUUUAACUACCAGCUUAUGCUGCAGGCCUGUGUUUAUUUAGAAACAAAGGCUUUGGGUUUGAAUUCACCAAACCUCUGACAGCUGGACCAGGGUCAAGUCGAUCUGGUUCAGCCCCGCUUCAUCCCAACUGCUCAAAAACUCAAUUAGAAGUAGCCUAUCCUGAUCAUGUUGCAUGUCUCACAUCCUGAGUGCAGUGCUGAUUCCUGCUGGACUGCCUUUAGUGGAAAAUGGGUUUUUUCAACCUUCAGUGUGCAGCAUUUUUUGAUAUAAAGGGAAAAUAUUUCACUUAACCACAAGAAGGAAAGUGAAAUGGCAGGAGAAAUUGUUUUUCUGUGAGCCGUUUUGGAUUCAAAAACCCACAAUGUGGCUCAGAUGGGAGCACAGUGAGCCACCUGUCCAAACAUCUGCAUAAUCUCUUAUUUAUUUAUUCAGCCUCUGAAAGUGUCCAGUCUGACAGAGAAGCUUAAGUGUCUCUGUUGUGUGUGCUGAACACAUUCUCACUGACAAGACUGUCUGUCUGGCUUUACUCACGACGAAAAAACUCCCAUAAUUAAUCAUGAGCGUCAUCCACAUCAGGGCCUCAAGAGCCAUCUUUUUUGUAGCUAAACCUCCAAAAAUAUAAAACUUUUCAAAGUGGAAUUUACUUGAUUGCAAAGAUAUCUGAUACAUAACAGUUAGUUAGCUAUUAAGCAACUUUUCAGCAGCUGUGUACCAACAAAUCAGACAAAUUGAUUUCAAGCCAUUCAGAAACAUCUCGCUGUGGCGGUUGAGUCCGAGCUUCUGCAGGAGUCUCUCAGUCCUGAUUAUGUUCUGAUUCAAUUCCAUUUGGUUUUCAUUUCAACUUCCAGGUCAAUGGUAUUCAAAUCUACAGAUUCAGAAACAACCUGUCCUGAGUAAAGCAGUAACACAGGUUUUCUACGGCCAUGCCAAAAUCUAACAUUGAAGUAGAAAACUUCAAAAACACAUUUCUGAGACCUCUGGGGAGUCUCAUGUGACUUUCUUACAUCUCUGAUUGAGGGUUGAAAACAGUGUGGCCCCAAAAACAUGCUCUAAAACCAGGGAGGACUCAAGAACAAAUCCUAAUAAGAUAAUAAGAAUGGUGUAAAUCAAUUGUGCGUAAAACAGACAGCAACACAGAGUUGUUACGAUCUUUAUACUCUAUGAACACAUCAACACUAUCUGGGAGAUUGUUUGACUUUUCCGGAUUCCUGGAUUGUCCUUAAAUCUUUUUGUGGGAUUUAUUUGUUACAUAAUUUUAGAAGCAUGUCUGGCUAUAACACUUACUCUCUUCAUCUUUUCUAUAUCUUUCUUAAAUUUUCCCAAAUGUAAUUAUUUUAACAGUCUGUCUGUAAGACCACAUGAUAAGUCUUGAGAUGUCUGCUGUCUCUGUCUGCAUGUUAGUGUUCGUUUUCUGUACUUUUUAAUGAGAAAUUAGUGGUUUACCAUUACUUUUUCAAUUAUUUUCUCAGCUGGCCUUGACUUCUUUAAUGCCUCUUUUGUUUUCACAGGGUGAAUUGGAGCGUCAGCUUUUGCAGGCCAAUCCCAUCCUUGAAUCUUUUGGAAAUGCAAAGACAGUGAAAAAUGACAACUCGUCACGUUUUGUAAGUACAGAUAAACUGAAGUCGUGUAGAGGGGUUUGAAAUCUGACAAACAGAAAUACGGGAAAAAAAAAUAGUAUGAGAAACUGAAUAAAAAUGUGUCUAAAAAACAGAAAGAGGGGGAAAAAUAUUAGUUAAAAAAACAGAAGGAAAAAAAAAUCAGAAAAACAGAAAAAAGAAAAAACAUUACUCAGAAAAACAGUUUACCUUUUUUUUUUUGGGGGGGGGGGGGUGAAUGCAAUAUGCUUCCCUAAUUUCCAUGUGGGUGAUUUUUCCACUUUGACAACAAUUAAUUUCAAUAGUUUAAUUUGUUCUUUUCCCUGUAAGCAGUUUCAAAAACUCUGAAGCUGGACACACCUUCAAAGACCUUCAAAGAACAAAUUGAUUUCAGUUAGAGUUAAUCCUGGUUAUUUAAUAUUGAAGUAGGACAAGAGGGACACUAUUAAAGUUCCUUUGGACUACUCAUGUCUGUGCACUUUAUAACUGAAUAAAACUUUCUCUUGUGUUCAUCUCUGCAGGGGAAAUUCAUCCGGAUCAACUUCGAUGUCACAGGCUACAUUGUUGGAGCAAAUAUAGAAACCUGUAUCCUCGUUUAAAAGCAGCAGCAGAGCUCAGAAAACGUUAGAACAUAGUUGUAGUCAAGUUGUUCACAAAGUGCAAGAAUAUCUGCAUUACUCUGAUCCACAUUUUAGGUUUUGUUCUUGACUAUUCGAUGUCAGACCUACUGGAGAAAUCCAGAGCUAUCCGUCAAGCCAAAGAUGAGCGCACAUUCCACAUUUUCUACCAGUUGCUGGCUGGAGCCGGGGAGCACCUCAGAUGUGAGCAGACUUUCAUUAAAGCCCUUUUUGUUGUCUUUGUCUUUCAUAGCUGUAAACUAAAAUUUGGUCACUUAAAAUCUCAAAUUUUGUCAGUCCACAAAGUCCUGCUUUUUGAGAUAAAAGAGUGAUUUCCUUACCGUGUUUCUGAAUGUUUAUGAUUUCUGUAUCCCUUCAGCGGACCUGCUCUUGGAGGGAUUCAACAACUACCGUUUUCUGUCUAACGGUAACAUCCCCAUCCCGGGCCAGCAGGACAAAGACAACUUCCAGGAGACCAUGGAGGCCAUGCACAUCAUGAGCUUUGGCCAUGAGGAGAUUCUGGGUAUGUUUUCCACCACAACAUGAAAUGAAUGAACAAAGUAGAUUUUCCUUGUUUGUUUCUCUAUUUAGUAAAUUUAAGAUAAAAGCCCCUGUAUGAUUCCCUUUUAUAACAAAUAAAAACAUAGAGGACCUUUAGCAACAGGAUUGAUGAUAUUUGAUUUGUAAUUUUUGAUACCUUAAACUGGAGCGGGGGGAGUGGUUUUCAACUGAGCAGCUUAAGUCCCACUCCGAUCGUUGAUUUUUACUACUUUAAGUGUUAUCAGUGGUCUUAUAAUAGUUAUUAUGACGUUUUUAGCCAAAAUCACGCUACUUGUGUAAUUUUCAAGGGCUUGUCUUCUGCAGAGCUCCAGCAGAUCAUUAGCAAUUCGCCUCUUAAGUUGUGAGCGGAGACAGUGCUGCUCUGCACACAUGUCUUCACACUAGCUUGUAGCCUAACAUUGCCGGUGUAGUAGAAGUAGCAGGUAAUAUAGGAGCAAUUCAGAUCUCAGACACUUGUGUCUUUAAGGACAUGAGUGACAAGUUAAUAUCAUAAUUAGCUUUCUUACGAGCGUUGCAAUCUGCUAACGCACAUGCUUGUUCCGCGAUCGUCCUCUCUAUUUUUCCGAGUGUGGCUCUGGGGGCGGAGCUUGGAUUUGUGACAUAGGAAAUCUCACUGUAUCUGACCCUGCCAUUUGGUUCUGUCAGAGAUUCACAGCGAUUUGAAUGCAGAAAUACUUAAAAAUACUAUCUUUUUCUACCCAGCAGUUAAGUUUGACACAUCUAAACCAAAAUCUGAUAGGAAACAGUUUUCCAGCUUUGUUGAAAAGGUUUUUUUUGCAUGUUGAUUGAAAUGAUUGAUGAAAGAUUUUGAAAAAAAUGCUCCUGGAAAAUGCAUCGUGUCUUUCUUCCCCUUUUCAUUCCUCUGAGGUUGAUGUGUUUACCAGAGGUUAAACAUUCAAAAUAUUAAGUUUGUCUGCUUUUCUACUGUCUCAACAAAAUCAACAGUUUGUGCAUUUUUACUGCUUCAGCACUAUCGUGAAUGUAUUCUCUGGUUUCUUGAUUUCUUUAGCCAUGUUGAAAGUGGUGUCCUCGGUCCUUCAGUUCGGCAACAUUGUCUUCAAAAAGGAGAGAAACACUGACCAGGCUUCUAUGCCUGACAACACUGGUAGGUAACACAUGCGUACGCAAACACUGCAGUUCUUUUACAUCUGCUUUACGACCUCGUAGCUCAGAGCUCACAGGUCAAGACAUCGUUCUCUUCCUCUUCACAUGUAUAUACAUCACCUCCUCUCCGGCCCUUAACCUGCCUUCCUCAUGCUGCGGACCUCAUCCGCACAAUAGAGGAGCUUGUGAUUUAGGUCUUUUCUCUCCCCAAGCUGUGUCACCCUGCUAUUAAGAAGCCAAAUCGUUACGAGGAUUUACUCCUGAAGGAAAUGGGGCACAGCGCUCCAGUUCCUCCACAUGUGGUACUGCAUAUUUGGCAUUUCAGGAGGGAGACAGGGGGAGAGAAUUAGCCUAAUGCCAGUGAUGCAGCUCAGCCAGAUCUUCACAAAUAUGAUCAGCAGAAGUCGUCAGGGCUGCAGCAGAUGUUUUUUUAAGCAGGGAGACUUGGCUGAUCUGGGCUGGAUUCUGUUACUUUUUUCCUUGUAUUUUCCACAAGCUCCAGGCAAAUGAAAUAUGACUUUUUCCCCUGCUUCAUUUCACAAGGAGACAUCUUAGAAGCAGAUACUUUUCAGUUCAUUCUUCAUGUCUUUCAGAGUGGUUUGUAGUGAUAUUGACUGACUCUAAUCAUCAUACAGUUAAUAAUAAUGAUAAUGAAACCCUCUCUGUCUCUGUUUUGUUAUUCUAUGAAUAAUUGUGUGUCCAUCUCUGUUUCCCAGCCGCUCAGAAGCUGUGUCAUCUGCUGGGCAUGAAUGUAAUGGAGUUUACCAGGGCCAUCUUGUCCCCGAGGAUCAAAGUGGGACGAGAUUAUGUCCAGAAAGCUCAGACUAAAGAGCAGGUCUGAUUUAUUUUGAUUGAUCUGUAAUUAUGUGUACCGUCUUUGAGUCCUGAGCAAAUGAUUCGUGACUGUGGUGUAAAAUGAUGUAGCUGGGAUAGGAUAUUGUGCAAGUUAAUUUUAUAACUGAGACAUACAUCAGCAUUAAAAGUAUUAGCAUCUCAAUCAGCUAUUGUUUCUCCCUCCCUCCUUCAGGCUGACUUUGCUGUCGAAGCUCUGGCUAAAGCGACGUAUGAGCGUCUGUUUCGUUGGCUGGUCCAUCGCAUUAACAAAGCUCUGGACAGAACCAAACGUCAGGGUGCCUCCUUCAUCGGCAUCCUUGAUAUUGCGGGAUUUGAGAUUUUCCAGGUUUGUAGUUCGUAACUGUGUUUGUUGUUGUUGUUCUUGUAAUCUAAGCGCAUAUCCACUAAGUCGUGUUCUUGAUCUCCACUGCAGCUGAAUUCGUUUGAGCAAAUGUGCAUCAACUACACCAAUGAGAAGCUGCAGCAGCUCUUCAACCACACCAUGUUCAUCCUGGAGCAGGAGGAGUACCAGAGGGAGGGCAUCGAGUGGAGCUUCAUCGACUUUGGUCUCGACCUGCAGCCCUGCAUAGACCUCAUUGAGAGGCCGGUCAGUGCAAUGACAAUGACAUAGACUCUUAUUACCCAUCUACUGUGGGGUAACAUGUUCAAACCUCGUUUGGUUGCACGUGACUUGAUUUUGUAUUUUGCUGUUUUCAAUGAGAGAAAUGUUGGAGUUUCUGUUGCUUUCGAGGUUUAAGAUGCUGACCAUGAUGCUAAACACACUUUAACUUUUCCUUGUUGGUCAUGUUCGGAUCAUGUGUAGUAUUUGAUCUCUCUGAACUCUCUCGGUUCUGUCCUGGUUUCAUAUUUCUUCAGGCAAACCCUCCAGGAGUCCUGGCUCUACUGGAUGAAGAAUGCUGGUUCCCUAAGGCCACGGACAAGACCUUUGUAGAUAAGCUGAUCCAGGAGCAGGGCACACACACUAAGUUUCAGAAGCCCCGCCAGCUCAAAGAUAAGGCCGACUUCUGCAUCAUCCACUAUGCUGGCAGGGUUGGUCUCUUUUAAUCUCUUUGAAAAUCACACUCAGCAGAUCUCUGCCUCUGCUUUCCUCGAAACACUUUGUAAGUGUGUAGCUGGGAGCCCACCCCUGGCUGGUUUGGGGUAGAAAAGAUAAAUUGGGUCUUUACUUGGAAAGUGAAGUUUAUUAAAGGAUAAAAUAUUCUUUAUGUUGAGCUUGUUUUUUAGGGCAAAGGUCACGCUCUUUUCUGAAAAGCAGUGCAGACACAGGAAAGUGGGAAACGUUUUGUUAGUUCUGACUGGUGUAACCGAUUCAGUCUGUUUUCUUGUUACUGUACGCUCUAAGGCUCUCAGUCAUUUUAGUUUCUUGAACACAUCUGAGGUAUGACGAAGAACUCCCCAACACACAUCCACCCCCUGGCUGGCUAACUCGUCAUAGACCAAAUGUUGUGUGCUGCUCUACGAUGACAAAAAUAUAUAUUCACAGCGGUAAACCGGGGCAGGACAAUUAAUCAAAAAAUAAUCAAAGCCACCAUCCAGAACCUCUAAUUGGCAAAGUCAUGCCUUUGUUGUAGGAGUGGGCGAUUUGGCAAAAAAAAUGAUCACAAUAUAUUUUGUCAUAUCCUCAGAUGUCGAUUAUUAUCACGAUUUAUUUAUCACAAUUACCAGUUUUAAAGCAUCUGUACUAAAAACUAAAGAAACUAGAGAUUAGUUCAACAUUUUAUUAACGUACAAAGUAAAUAAAGCAAAUUGAAUAAGAUAAACUUAGAAAAAUAUAAAAAACAUUUCAACUCAAAAGUACAAUAAAAAGUAGAUAAAUACUAAAUAAAUACAGUGAACUAGUUUACAGUCCUGAGUGUUUUAGCUGGUAUGCAAGACCCAAAAUAAACAUCGCCGUGAUCGAACCAAAAUUCAUCAGGAUCACGUAAUCGCCCAGUCCUACUCUGUUGAUUAUUUCAGUUAAAUUCUGUUUCUACUUCCUGAAAUUCUGUUCACAUUUUCCUCACUUCAUGUAUUGUCCUCUUAAAACUCCAACCUGUCCUGCCUGUGACAUUCAAGCAACAUAGUGGAGAACUCGAACACUGAGCCAACUCAACUGAGCAACCAUAAAAUGCUGCGUGCGAUGUCUAGACACAUGUUUGGCUCUUGUGAACAUGACAGAAAAAAAAGCCAAAGUAACUGAAUAGCAGAUAAACUUUGUGGAAAACAGUUUCAGCAGCCAAAGGAAUUACCAUCAAUCUUUUUCAACGCUAAAAGCACAACCACAUUACUCAAUAUGAGCAGUAUACAGCUCCAAAAAAGAGACAGACUGACAAACACUCAGCAACAAGUGCCUCCGUAAAGCAGCUGCUCAUAACACUUACAUUAGAAAUGCCACAUGAUCUGCAAAGGAGUAAUUCAAUAAUUUAUAAUUCACAAAAAGUCAGAGAAAAUAUCUAAGCAUAAAGAGUUGAACAUAUGUAUCAUACAAAUCUUUAAAACGGGACUGACAAAAACAGAGUAAUAUUUUACCUUGAGUCCAUGCAGGAUCACUUUUUUUCUUCUACUCAAACAUUUUCAGAAAUACUUUUUUUUCUCUCUACAAUUCUCACUUGAAACAGCUGGUCAGCACUCAGAUUGAACACCAGUGUUUAGUUCAUUUGUUACAGGAUUUCAGGGAAAUAUUGAGUCCUGGUGUGAUCUGAAGUGCAUUUGGACGCUGUUAGUGCUGUUAUGCAACAGGAUUUAACAAUUGUCUUGUAACAGCAUAGAGUGUUUUGUUGCACGCAGCACCAGUGUCAGUGUUAUUUUCCAGUAAGUGCAAAUGGUAAGGUGUCAAUGUAUCCAGAAAAGCCUCUUUUAUAGAAAAGUUUCUGCAGCUCAGCUCAGCCUAUGAAACACUGGACUGGCUGGUGAAACAGAAAAGAAUAACACAGUACUGAAACCAUAAUGCUAACACUUCCUUCUAAAUGACCUCUCACCAUUUUUCUGAAAUUUUUUUCCUCACGUUUAAAAAAAAUAAAUGCUGCUUUUUUUUUUUUUUUUUUAAAUCUUUUUAUUUUCUAAAUAAACCACCACAAAAAAACAACUACAUAGGAUAGUCAGAAAAAGUCCUGACCCUUCCCCUAUUCUGUGAGCACUUGGUUGUACAGUCAUGGUCAUAGGAGCAAAAAUAAUAAUAAUAAUGAUAACUUUAUUUUUAUAGCACUUUCAAAAACAGAAGUUUACUUUGAUAAAUAGUCAUAAAGCACACGGAAAUAAACACAAAUAAAAGACAAAAACUCAGUUAAAAUGGAAUUGAAGGCCGUUUUCAUGACAAUACAAGAACCAUGCAACAUCAAAUAAGACCAUGAGGACCAGAAUAAAAACAUAAAAUAGGUAAGAAAAAAAAAUGCAAUAGAAAGGGGGGUUGAAAGCAGAAAACAGGAAAGUAAAUAUAAAAGACCACAUUAAUAAUGUUAUUAGAAUAAUUACAAAAUAAUAAUGAUAAAAAUAGUAUUGAUAAAGUAGAACAACAAAAUGAGCAAGAGAUUGAAAAAAUAAAAUGCCUAAAAGUUUAAUUAAGAAAAUAUUUUAAGUAUAACAAAAGCUAAAAAGACACUAAGCUGAAAUAAGAUAGAUGUAAAAGAGAUGAGAGGAAAAAAGACAAGCUCACAGAUGUUCUCCUUUUUCAGUGAAAUGGGAAGGGUUUAUUGUUGUCCCUCAUGUUUUGGAGGAAGUCAAACGAUAACACAAGCAUGAAUCUAUAGACAUGUCCAGAUUACAUGUAUUAAUGUGUUUGUUUUACAUUCACAAUUUGGGGUUUGUUCUGUCUGAGGAUAAGUCUUCACUUAAUUCAUCCCCUAUCACUUACAAUAAUUAGACCUGUUAUAAAAAAGUCAAUGAAAGGGAUCUUUAUUAAAUAUUGGUGUCUUUUGUACAUAUAAUCAUUAUGAAAUUCAUAGUUGUUAUGCUGCCAUCGUAUCGACUGUUGUGUAGAUAUUUUGUGUAGGAUUUGUUGCUACCUCUAAAUUGCACUGUUUGUUGUUGCAGGUGGACUAUAAGGCCGAUGAAUGGCUGAUGAAGAACAUGGACCCCCUGAACGACAAUGUAGCCACACUCCUGCAUCAGUCUACAGACAAAUUUGUGGCUGAACUUUGGAAAGACGGUAAGCUGCCCAGGAGCGUGAGAUACAGGACGCAGUCUUCAAAGAAUCUUUAUCUAGUGUCAUUCGGCUUUUGUAGUUAACUUGCACAUGGAUUUGCCUGAAAUCAAGCCUACUAACAACAAACUAACAAAAGCUGUCUGCCUUGUUGAGCUAGGCCGACUCAGUGAUCAAUGAUUGUAACAUCCCCUCCCCUCCCUGUCUCUCUCUCUGUGUUGUAGACAUUCAGACCAUUCAAAGGGCUUCAUUCUAUGACAAUGUCACUAGUCUGGAUGAGCCAGCAGGUGAAUGACUGGGUCGUGCUGUAGCAGACCUGGGCAUAAAUGCUAAUUGCUGUAAAUAUUCUUAAGCAAAGUGAAUAACAACUUUCACUUGAACUUUUUUUCUGGCAUAUUUUUGCCCAGAUCUGGCUGUAUGUGUCAUGCUUCAGCCGAUGCUGUGUCCGUCAUAGCUACUGUGGCUCCCAUUUGCUUCCAGGCUGCAUGGCUCCCCUUGUCUCAGCCAAAAGCAGUAGUGCCUGAUUUCCUACACAAGUUAAAGUAGAAUUUAGUCAUCUGCUCCCUCUGGUUGAAGUAGUUUGCUAUGAUUUGUCUUGGUAUUUUUGGAGGCUGACAUUGGUCUUGUGGUGUUUGUGUGGUCAAAUAGCCCUGAAGCAAAUAUUUGAUCUCACACAGCUGUUUGGAGUCUCCAUAGCUCAUGUCUGUUCUUGUCUCUCGUCUGUGGUGCGAUACUUUCACAAACAAAUCAAGGUUCUCGAUCUUAAAUGAGGAAAAUGUAAUAAAGUUAAUUUCCCGCCAUGUUUUUUUCACGGUAGCAGGAGAGUAAAACCAGAUGUCUUUAUUUUCUUUGGCUUUGAACUCGGAUGUCAGAACGUUUAGAGGGCUAAGAGAACGGGCCCAUAGAUCACUGCAGUCUGAGUGCUGAAGCUCCAAAAGUCUGUAGCUCAGAAAAUGCUACUUAAAAGUGGACAUUGAUAAGUGGUAAAGCGUAGCUAUUACUGGGUCUAUACAUAAAUCAUGAAAAGUAACCUGGCAUCGCUGGCUGUUUAUGACAUUGCGUGACAUUGUGUGAUAGAUAAUUCUGGUGAUUCUCUACAAAAACUAACCACUGUGAAACUUAAUUACGCAGCCCGAGCUUUAUUUAGGCUUUGAUAAAUGGUAGGAGAUAGGCUAAUAGUCAUUUUUGAACAAAACUUUUGCCCAGAGAAGACUGUGUUGUCGCUCCAACCUCAAAGCCAGCUCAAGUAGCAAAGAUACUCCCUCACUCAUGAAUAUAUCCCCACAUUUUCACUUUUCACUGCUCCACAGUCAGCUGUUUUUCCCUCUUUUUAGCUGCCAUUGUUGGCCAAACAAGACAGCCUGACAGUAUUUAGGCCCCUCCUGUUUUCUCCAUGCUGGCAUCAAAAUUAUGAAAUCUUACAUUAUUGGGAAAAGUUGAAUCAUGCAUUUUUACAGGCUUCUUCUCAUUGACAACUGUCUUUAUUUGACAAAGCGUGCAGCCACACCCUGCUUCUAAAAGGAAUCCAGCCUCUAAAUGGGUACAGGCUUUAAAGGGAUAUUCUGGCGUAAAUUGAAGUUAUGGUCAAACACACCGUAACACUGAGUUAGACACCCUCUCGAGAGAUGAAUUUUGCCGACUGCUUGCCUCUCUAGUUAUACCAGCUUAAGUAACGACCGCACGAUAGCAAUUCACAGCAGUCUACGUCUCCACACACUAACCUCAACCAAAAAGCCACAAUUAAUGCUCAGAACAGCACCUAACUUCAUCAACAGUACAUAUAGGGUCCCAGCCAAACAUCUUUUUAGCUUUGAUAAUUUCUAUAGCAAAGAGACUAAACACAACUCACCCACUCUCCUCUGGCAGCUGCUUGUUUGUGGGGGAGCCCUGACGAGUCGAUCACCGAGUGCAGCGGAUCAUUUCCAUGAAAAAAUAAUCAUCGUAAUGAUAAUUUUACACCGCAGACACGGUAGUUCAUCUGCCUUAGCGUCUCGGUCUAAUUGCACUUCCAUGAAAUAAAGACCAUAAAUGUUCUUCCUUGGGCUGCGAAACUCUGCUGCACUCGGUGAUCAACUCGUCGGGGCUCCCCCACAAAUAAGCAGCCGCUGGAGGAGAGCGGGUGAGUUGCGUUUAGUCUCUUUGCUAAAGAAAUUAGGCAAAGCUAAAAAGAUGUUUGAUGGCUAUAACUAUACUGGUUAGACCUUAACUUAAAUUUACGCCGGAAUAUCCCUUUAAUUGAGAGUUAUAUGGUAAUUAAUUAUACUUCCAAAAUUAAAACUGACUAUGUACAAAAUCAGUUUCUCUAGGUGGUGAUGAUCAGAUUCAGUAGUUCAGAGACCAAAGACAGUGUUAUUUCUUUCAGUCAGGUAUCUUCUCCUGUGUGUUUGUAUUUGCAUUUAUAUUCAGAGAGCAUUACAGGAGAGAGAAUAAACGGCUACCCAAAAUUGCCCGUCAUUAUUUUUCUCUGUCGAGGUUUGUCACCAGAACCAAAUUAUCACAGCGGCGUUCAAUUUUUCAAUUCAACCAAAUCGGUGACACAGGGCUGGUAGUAGCUAUUUUGCUGCUGCUCAGAAUUAUAAUAUUAUUGACACAACAGUAAUCUAAUACAACAGCUAAACCACAAAUUCUAUUUUUAUAAAACCUCUACACUUUGACACGAUCAGAGACUGAUCAUUCAGGGUUGGCUUUGUAUGUUGCCAAAUUGUUUGUCUUUAAUGUUACACUGUUGUGUGUCUUCUACCAAGUACUGUCUCUCAUCUCCUAUGAUCAGCACAGAUUCUGAAAAUUGUUGCAUUAAACUUGAUUAAUGCUAACAACAAACAUUUGAUUGAUUAUUGGGCAUCUUCGAAAGGUGACACAAGUCAAAGAGUUGUAUAGGAGUAGAGAGGCUCUGGGAUAUAGAGCUAAGAGUCACCUUGUUCGCCUGCCGUUGAUUGAGAGGCGUGUGAAUUGUCUUUUUCAUCCAUCUGCAUUCAGUCACAUUGCUACGUUAUGUCACACUGCUUGUUUUGUUCCCACAGUGUUUCUCUUUCAAUGAAUUUUUCUCACUAUAACCUGUUUUUCCCAAACUCUGCCUUCAGUUGACCGGAUUGUAGGCCUGGACCAGGUGGCAGGGAUGAACGAGACGGCGUUCGGUGCCACAUACAAAACAAAGAAGGGCAUGUUUCGCACAGUGGGACAGCUCUACAAGGAGUCGCUCACCAAGCUCAUGGCCACACUGAGGAACACAAACCCAAACUUUGUCCGCUGUAUCAUUCCCAACCAUGAAAAAAGGGUAAGCUUGACAGUCCUCAGAGAAAUUAUUGUGUUCAAUUCAGACUGUAUAUGUGAAAUUGUCAUGAAGCAUGAAUCAUGAGUAAAUGAUUGCUUCUGUUCUUUCUUGUCUUUGUUCUUCAGGCAGGUAAACUGGAACCUCACCUGGUUCUGGACCAGCUGAGGUGUAACGGAGUCCUUGAAGGGAUUCGUAUCUGCAGACAGGGCUUCCCCAACCGCAUCAUCUUCCAGGAGUUCAGACAGAGGUGAUAAUAUCAGAGGAGAUUUCUGAGCGUAGUCAUGUCAGCGUAGAAAGAGGAAACAUUGGUUUAAUUUUCUCUUUAUAAUUAAAAUCUUUUGAAUUCACAGAUAUGAGAUCCUGACACCCAAUGCUAUCCCCAAGGGAUUCAUGGAUGGCAAACAGGCCUGUGAAAGAAUGGUACUGCCAUGUUUCUCAUUUCAUUUCAGCUCUAGAACUUCUAUCUCAAGUCUUGUCUUGAGCUUCAGAAUUUGACAAACCACUUCUGACCUGUUUUGUAACACUAGCAUGAAACAACACAGAUUUCAUAUUUACGUACCUCGCAUCCUGCACAUGUUCAAUGAGGAGUGCUGCUUUAGUUUCUGGGUAAAGAAGCUGCUUUGAUCAACUUUUAUGGAAGGAACUUCCUUUUUAAAGUCCAGAUUUUUCUGACACCUGAAGAAACCGUAUUCCAGCAUCUUACUGACCUUUUUUCGAUCUUCUUUUGAAUUCAAUCUUUGCCUUUUUUAGAUCCAAGCCCUUGAGCUGGACCCCAACCUGUUCCGUAUUGGUCAGAGUAAGAUCUUCUUCAGAACUGGAGUCCUGGCUCAUCUCGAGGAGGAGAGAGACCUCAAGAUCACUGACAUCAUCAUCUACUUCCAGUCUGUGUGCCGUGGAUACUUGGCACGCAAGUGAGUCAGAUCUCUGUCUUCUUUUAUGAAAUAAAUGAACAUACAGUGAAUAUACAGUUUGAUACUAAAGGUACAAUCCAGUGUAAACUCCAUCAGCAGCACCGAAUACUAGAUACAGUCAACAACCUCUCACUGAACUAUCAGCUGCAGAAGAACCAGGUCUUGGUAAAGGAAAUAACUGAGCUUAAAGAGAGUAAAUAGUGACAUUUUCUGGGAGCCAGCAGCGGAAGACAUCACUAUCAGCUAGCCUUGAUGCUCAAACAUGAUUAACUCUAUAGUCCUGCUGCAACCUUCUAUUGUUUUAUCUUCUUUGUCCAAAGGGCUUUUGCAAAGAAGCAGCAACAGCUAAGCGCUCUGAAGGUCCUCCAAAGGAACUGCGCUGCUUACCUGAAGCUGCGACACUGGCAGUGGUGGAGGCUCUUCACCAAGGUGAGAAACCCAACAGCUACCCUCGCUAUUCACAGCAAUUCAUUCGUGCCAUGCAAUUGGUCAAGAGCGCCAAUUCCAAGCUUCACAUUAGAAUGAACUCAUUUGCAGAAGUUAGUAAAUGUCAGAAGUUAGAGAACGACUGAAAUAAUGGCACACUAAAACCGUAACCUCUUAUAGACUUAGAGGAGUUGGAAAUGAAGCUGGAAACAGAAGCUUCAGAAUGAAUGAAACAUUUGGACAUCAAAGGAGUGUAAACCUAAAGAAAAGAACACGAUAACAAAACUUCAUAAUCAGUUUCAGCAACUCUAAAAAUUGCCAUUUUUAUUGGUUUAUUUUGCUUUUAUCUAUUAAUUUUCUUCUGCUCAUCAGGCUCCAGGUCAGAGUUCAUGUGUUGCCCGAUAUUAUUUUAAAUCCUGCUGUUUAAGUUCUGGCAGAAAAAUGUAAUUUUGGUUUGGGAAACCUGCAGGUCAUAACUGCUCUCUCUCUCUCUCUCCACGUGUUUCAGGUGAAGCCUCUGCUGCAGGUCACCAGGCAGGAGGAGGAAAUGCAGGCCAAAGACGAGGAGUUGCUGAAGGUGAAGGAGAGGCAGCUGAAGGUGGAGAAUGAGCUGGUGGAGAUGGAGAGGAAACACCAACAGGUAGACAUAUUUCCUCUAUAUGUACACUCAGAAUAGUGGAUAAAGGCUUUUCCAGUAAUCAUAUCAGAAAUAUCAUAAAUCCUGUGUUGAAGCUCUUUUCUAUGCGUUGAUCUGAUAACCCGUCUUUAUCUUUUCAUUCUGUUGUCUCCCUCCAGCUCCUCGAGGAGAAGAACAUUCUGGCAGAGCAACUCCAUGCAGAGACGGAGCUGUUUGCAGAGGCCGAAGAGAUGAGAGUCCGCCUGCUUUCCAGGAAGCAGGAGCUGGAGGAGAUCCUUCAUGAUUUGGAGUCUAGAGUGGAGGAAGAGGAGGAGAGGAACCAAAGCAUGCAGAAUGAGAAGAAGAAGAUGCAGUCACACAUACAGGUUUAGAUCUUCACCUGUUUAAACUUCUACGUGCAAGAACCUUUCUCCUAUUAUUGAUUAAUUUAAUGAAUUUUCCCUAGUUUUUAAUGUCCAAAAUCUGUUUUUGAGUAAAUGUGUGAGUUUUGAUUAUUAUUAUUAUUAUUAUUAUUUGUGUUUCAACUUUCAUUUUCAUCAAAUUAAAAUGCUACAUAAAUCCAUUUUAAAACAUGAUAUAAUGAAAGAUAUCAUUUGGUUACUGUCGGGCAAUUUAAAUGUACAGAAACUCUAAGCUUCAAAACUUAUUGAUCCCCAGUUUGUCGGACUAAAUGAUCAUAUAUAGAUUAGGUCUUCACCUUUGUUUUUGUCUUUAUUUCUGUCUUCAGGACCUCGAGGAGCAGCUUGAUGAGGAGGAGGCCGCGAGACAGAAGCUGCAGCUGGAUAAAGUUACAGCCGAGGCCAAGAUCAAGAAAAUGGAGGAGGAUAUUCUCCUGCUGGAGGACCAAAACUCCAAAUUCCUCAAGGUGAGAGUGUUUCACACGCAUGUGAUUGGUCACUUCAAACUGAGAAAGCAGAGGCAGUCUUUUAGAUAUGGAUCACGGAGAUCAAAGCUGUGGAUUAAACAUCAGAUAGUUUCUAUUUUUUUCUUCACCUCCACAUAAUGUUCAUAUAUCUCCAAGUUUAAAACCUAAUCUUUUCUUAUUCAACCAACAGGAGAAGAAGAUGCUGGAGGACAGGAUCGGUGAGAUGACCUCCCUGCUGACAGAAGAAGAAGAGAAAGCGAAGAACCUCGGCAAAGUCAAGAACAAACAGGAGAUGAUGAUGGUGGACCUGGAGGGUGAGGGACUCUGUCACUGGCUACAUUUGUGUGUCCAGUAAUUGAGAACAGCAUAAAGAUAGACUGAAAGUGAUCUGCCAAAAAUCUGUAUCACAUCACAUCAGAAGAGAUUAUUAGUCAGAUGUUAAUGAACUGUUUUCCAAACAAAAGGGAAUAUGAAGGUUUGAUUUUAGGGUGGAAUAUGCUCAUGAACCCUGAUUGUGUCACUUCAUACGAGUUAACCCUUAGAUGCCCUUUCAUAACCCUGGUAACUCGUUGAUUUGACCACUCUGGGCAAGUCAGAGAUGAAGUUUGUGCUAUACCUCAAACUAAUCAUCUGUCCAUUUGAUAAAGUGUGUUUUGCUGUUAUUCAUUUUCAGCAAUGAUGAACUGAAAAAGAAAAGAAAAUACAUUGGAAAGUUUAGGGGUUAAUUAGCUCAAAAGCAGCUUAUCUGGCAGCUUAUCUUUGCCAGACUGUUGGCAAUCAGCUGUUUUUGGUUUUGUGCUUUCCAUAUCGGACCCCAUGGUAACGUGUGUUUCAGUCCACACACCUCUAGAUAAACUUUGGCCCAAAGUUCUUGUUCGGAUGAAGUUUUUUGAAGCUGCAGACAAGUUUGAUUUCAUGUGUCAUCCAUACGAUUGUACUGUACUGGCCCGCAGAGCGCCUGAAAAAGGAGGAGAAAACACGACAGGAACUGGAGAAGGCCAAGCGUAAACUAGACGCCGAGACAACUGACCUGCAGGACCAGAUUGUGGAGCUCCAGGCUCAGAUCGAGGAGCUGAAGAUCCAGCUCACCAAAAAGGAAGAGGAGCUGCAGACUUCUCUCUCCAGGUCAGAAACUGUGAACAUGUAGACUUCUUUCCCCAAUGAAAUGUAACUCAAGACAAAGAAUUUUAACUUAUAAAAGAACUCAUUUUAUUUAGCUUGUGUGGAUCUAAAAAUGUUCAUUGAAAAUUCCUCAUCAGUAUUAGUUUGUACCAAGCACACUAUGAGAAGUAUUUUGAAGGGAUAUUCUGGCGUAAAUUUAAGUUAUGGUCAAACACACUGUAGCACUGAGUUAGACACCCUCUCGAGAGAUGGAUGUUGCCUACUGCUUGCUUCUCUGGUUAUACUAACUUUAGUAAAGACCACACAAUAACAAUACACAGUGGUCUACAUCUCCAUGUUGUGCAUGGAGAUGUAGACCCUAAAUUAGUUUUAUGCCAGAAUAUCCCUUUAAGCUGCCAGGUUUAAUUCAGGAAACAAAGAAAGAAAGUUAAUAAAAAUCUGUGUUUUCUCUUGAUUUUCCUGUUUCCAUGUAACAGGAAGGUGUUCAAAAGCUUUCACAGUUUCUCAGCUCAGUGAGCGUUGUAUCAUUAUUAUUAUUUAUUUGGUAAGUGAAAACGCUGUGUUAAAAUUUACUGAAUUCUGAAGUUUAUGUUUGAGAACAGAAAUCCAAACUGGUGUGCUGAAAUAUCACUGUCAGGUGUGUUUCUCAACUCAGACUGUAUUGAACAACUCUUCACACAUAAGCUCUUACUAGAGUGGCAAAUACCAUCUCCAUGACAACUGCACUCUACAGCCAAGUCAAUAGGAGGACCUAAAAUAGAUGUUACAACCCACAGACAAACACUGGAUUUGUUCUGAUGCUCUGCAGUCCAUGUUUUAGCGCACACAUAAACACAAAUAAACACUUCCCUCUAUCUUCACUUUCACUGACUUUCCACUCUGGUCUUCUCUGCUCAUCGCUCACAGCUGGAGCAUCUUCCUUCAGUGACACUGGCUAAAACCUUCCUUUCAUCAUGUAGGCAGCCGUGUCUGAUUGUGGGCAAAUUGGUGAUGAUUGAUGCUUUCAGUGGAGAGGCUGCAGUGGUAUCCUCCUCAUUAAGCACCGAAGAGCUGUGCUGGUUCAGGCUGUCACUUCACAGUCAUCAUUAUUACUGACAGAGGGCUUUUGUCUAUUUGGUGAAGAUUUAAAGAAAAACAUGCAGUAAAAGGAUGUCCUCCACUUUCCCCUCAUUACUGUGGGUCACAGUAGGGCUGGGCGAUAAACCGAAAAUUUACUGAUACUGAAAUUUAUGACAAUAACCGACGUCAUUUUGCCCAUAUUGGUAUAUUCGGUGUCAAAAAAAUAGAAAAAUAAAAGUUGGUUUUGGAUGUGUGUAGGUAGGCUAUGGUGUCAUGUCCCUUUAAGACGCUGUCCUACGUCAGAUACGUGACUCCACCCCAUCCAGUCCGUAACAAAGAGGGAAAGUCAGGUGAGGAGAUGGAGGACAAUUUGAAGGUUGUAGCGGCUGAAGUAGAAGAAGCUAAUGUAGGAGGGGCUGAGCAGCUUGUCGAGUAGUUAUCGUCCAUUUAUCGUUAUCAAGGUGAACUGAUCAAUAUAUCAUAAUAUUGAUUUGAGGCCAUAUCAUCCAGCCCUAGGUCACAGCCAGUUAUUAAUUUUCACUGCAUGCAAAUGAUGUAAAUAUAUCUGUUGAUCUUUUCCUGAAGGUCAGUCCUGAUUCUUCUAUCAGGUCUACAGCAGUAUUAUUACUUCUAUCCACACCACCAGUCAAGUCUGUCCAUCUCAAUUUCACACAGAGAAAUCAUCAGUUUAGUCACGGCCUUCAGAUAAUUAGGCUUUCAUUAAACUUGAUGAGGCUCCUCUUGAAACCAGCUGCUCUGCUGAGUACAGUUGUAAUAUCUCUGCACAGCAAAAGAGAGAAAAGGAGUGAAAGUGCUUUAAUCGACGCCGUGGUUUUGUGUUCAUAAUAUAACUAAAUCAUUCAGCACUCAGCGUGUUGUUUCAGUGGCUUUUAGAGGAGAGCGCUACAUCCACAAAGACAGAAAUUUUACUUGGCUUCACUUCCAGCAGCCAUCAAUACAGUGUAGACCUUGUAAAUACACACACGCACGCACACACACACACACACACACACACACACGAUCCAUCAAGCAUCAGUAGUGAACAGUUCACCACACUGCCACCCUGUGUGCACCAGUGGUCAUAUUUCAGCUCAAACAGACCUAAACAGAGUAUCCUCAAAAAUAUUAAAACUGUGAAGAGUAAAUCAAGAUUUAUUUGCUCACCGGUAAAAUAAAUGAUUAAUGGAUUUUAAUAAAUAAAAUAUCAGUUGAAGUAAAGGCUGAAUUGUAACUGAAAAUACUCCUCUGUAGUUUUAGUUAGGAAGGAAAUGCUCAGACAAGAAAAGAUCCAGAUAGAUAAACAGUCCCUCCAGGAUUUCGCAGGCUUUUUUUGUGAUUGUUGUGGCCAAAAACGACUGAUUUUGCAGCAGCUUUUCUAAAAAAUUGUGAUUAUUUGAGGCUUCUUUUAUUAAAAUCACAGGAACAAGGGCGAUUGCAAAUUAGCUACAGCAGUCUUUUGUGAGUUUUUAGCCUUAAACCAUAAGAUUAAUGCGUGACAUUUUCCACACAGGAAAAAAGUGUCUGUCGAGUGACGACUUUCGCGUGUGUUGCACCACAAUAUCGCAGGCAGUGCAGAAGAGUUUACCUCCGCUUUCAUGUAUUACAUCUGGAAAUUGACUUGCACGAGCUUUGGCGGUGAUAUUUGUUGGUAAAUGUGAGCGUGAACAUGUCUUCAUCCUCUGAAUGUAAACAAGGAAGUGAAUAUGAUGCGGUACAUGUCAGGUAGAGGCAUGGGCAAAAGAGGACGAAAUUUAUUGGUGAAAUUCGCAGUGAUUUGUUGAAUUUGCGUUAAUAGUUGUGAUCACAACAUCCCGAACUCUUGGAGGACGUCGGAACAUCAAGAACCAGCUCAAAGAAACCCAAAAGAUAAUUAACCAACAACAAACAUCCCAAGAAACCAGAAGAACCUUGAAUAAGCACAAGAGCCCAUCAGAGCUUAAUGACAAACAUAAUGAGGCCUGGAUUAAUUUAUCUAUUUCCAUUCAUAAGAAAAAAACUGGUCUCUGCUGAUUCAUAAUUUGAGUUUUAUUGAUGAGGAUUCAAACUGACUUUUGUGCCUCCGAUCAGGAGUGACGAGGAGACGGUUCAGAAGAACAACGCCUUGAAGCAGGUACGGGAGCUGCAGGCACAGCUGGCUGAGCUUCAGGAGGAUCUGGAGUCAGAAAAGAUGUGCCGAAGCAAAGCUGAAAAACUAAAAAGGGACUUGAGCGAGGAGCUGGAGGCUUUGAAGACGGAGUUGGAGGACACACUGGAUACCACCGCUGCCCAGCAGGAGCUCAGGUCUGUGGUCCGAAUGACAUUAUGAGUGAUGGAGAGGAGGCUCUUAAUGUAGCUCAUCAGAGUCUCUUUAACACUGCUCAAUAGAAAAGGCCGUCAGUAUGUCGACCAUAAGUUUCCUUUUUUUCAUUAAUUUUCAUCACUCUUAUCUGAACUCAAGGUCCAAGCGAGAGCAGGAAGUGGCAGAACUGAAGAAGGCCAUCGACGAGGAGAGCAAAAACCACGAGGCUCAGAUACAGGAUAUGAGACAGAGACAUGCCACAGCUCUGGAGGAACUGUCCGAGCAGCUGGAACAGGCAAAGAGGGUAAGGAACCCGUCAGUUUGCUAACAGACUUUCUUAAAUGCAAAUAUGUCACCAUUAAACUUUGAUUUUGUGUUUUUGUGCAGUUCAAGGCUAAUUUAGAGAAGAACAAGCAGUGUUUGGAGAGUGACAACAAAGAGAUGGCCUGUGAGGUCAAGAGUCUGCAGCAGGCGAGGACAGAGUCGGAGCACAAGAGGAAGAAACUGGAGGGACAGCUGCAGGAACUCAUGGCCAGGGCCACCGAAGUCGAGCGGGCCAAGGGCGAGCUGGCUGAUCGCUCACAUAAACUCCAGGUGAACACGUCAAAGAUUUGCAGAUGAAGUUCUCGCUGUUUUAAGGAGAAGAAUGGUUUCUAGAAUAAUCCUAUGGUUAGAAAUGAUGUGCUUUGGACUCCUUUGUUUUGCCUUCUUUAAAACUACGUUUGUCUUUUUACAGACGGAGCUGGAUAACGUGACUGCUGUGCUGGAGGAGUCCGAGAAGAAGGGCGUCAAACUUGCCAAGGAAGUUGAAAAACUGAGCAGCAAACUGCAAGAUUUAGAGGUACAAAAGACGGCAUCGACACAGGCUGAACAAGUCUAGAGUCUGAUGAAAACAUAAUCCAAUCUCUGUAGAGGGUACAAAGGCACUAAAUCUUUGUAUGUUUAACUGACACUAAAGACAAAACAUCUGAUGAAAUUGUGCACAUGUACACAGAGCAAAACUGUCACACUAUAUCUCACUGUAGCUCUGCUGAAAAUACACUUAUUUGAGAAACGUCUCCUGUUGCACCCUCAGCAAAUCUCAGCCGUUAAGAUAAGCAAAGUUUUUUCAGAAGCUCAAAUGUUUGUGAUAUGUUUUAUUUAAUAAUCUGCCUGUGGUCUGGUGUGCAGGAGUUACGCCAGGAGGAGACGCGUCAGAAGCUCAACCUAAGCGGCCAAAUUCGCCAACUGGAGGUGGACAAGACAACGCUGCUGGAGCAGCAGGAGGAGGAUGAGGAGGCCCGCCGCAACCUGGAAAAGCAGCUGCAGACAGUGCAAGCCCAGGUACAGGCUUCCAGACUCCUAAAUGAGUGUUUGAUACUCAGAUGUUUGCCAAGUCAAGAGCCAGGAAAAGUUUCCCCGCUGUGUACCUGAUGUAAACACCUGUCAGUGUUGCACAGAGCAGCAUGACAACAGCUGUAUGGCAGCAAAUUAAAGACCUCACAAAGAGGAAAUGUGACCGCAGCUCAGAAUGAGUGUUUCUGAUUCACAAGGAUGCAUGUGGUCGGCUGUUUACCAAACCACACCGGCAGCAGCAGGAAAACUAGAUUUACUCGUGUGUGGUUAAAAACAAUCGAACAGAGGGUCAUACACGUGUGUGAAGUAAAUUAUUUAAGACUGUAAUUAAUCAGGCUGUUAUGACGGGGUAUUAGGGCAACACUAAGAAAGAAAAAUAAAUUAAGACUUAAGAUUAAAGUCGUUAAUUUACAACAAAAAAGUCAUUACUAACAGAAUAAAGUUAUAAUGAAGCCAUUACUAACGAGAAUUAAGUCAUUAUUUACCAGAAUAAAGUUGUGAUAAAAUCAUUCUGAUACUUAUGGUAAUGUGGUGCUAAUGAGCCAAAGGAUUAAGUAUCUCGUUGUUUGAGAAACCAAUAUUGAAGUUCAUUUUCACGAAAUGCUCCAUGGCUCUCAUUUCAACAACUGUCAUCUUAAACAACAGGUUAGAAUAUAUAAGGACUUUAUUCUCAUUAGUAGGGAUUUAUAAAACAACUAUAUUCUCAUUAGUUAUAAUUUUAUUCUCGUAAAUAAUGAUUUUAUUCUCAUUAGUAAUGACUUUAUUUUCGUUAGUUAUGAUUUUAUUUCAACUUUAUUCUCAUUAGUAAUGACUAUUUUUAUUAGUAAUUACUUUAUUCUUGUUUGUAAUGAUUUUAAUUAGACUUUAUUCUCAUUAGUAGUAACUUUUUUCUCUUUUUUCUUUUUCUCUAGUAAUGACUUAAUUCUGGUUAGUUAUGACUUGAUUCUCGUAAAUUGACGCUUUUAAUCCCAAAGUUUCAAUUUAUUUUCCUUAAUGUGGCCCUAAUUCUCUGUCGUAGAGUUUCUCAUGCUGCAACACUAAAAUAAAUCCUUUCACUAUCAUCUCUAUAACAUCUUAGGAUUUGAAUUUUAACAGAUUUCUUUAAUAUUUUCUCUAUUUAACCUGUAUAGAUGUGUUUUCUACCUUUUCAGUUUUACACAAAGUUCUCCUGCUAAAGUCACCAGCAUACACUGUUGCAGCAGCAAAGGCCGAAACAAUCACAAGAAAAGAAAAAUGACAACUUGAAAAAUACUGUUUCUUAACGAUUUUUCUUUCUGCAGCUUUUUGAGACCAAGAAAAAGCUGGAAGAGGAUGUGGGAGCGAUGGAGGGCCUGGAGGAGGUGAAGAGAAAACUCCAGAAGGACGUGGAGCUCACCAACCAGCGUCUGGAGGAGAAGACCAUGGCCAUGGAUAAGAUGGAAAAGACCAAGAACCGGCUGCAGCAGGAGCUGGAUGACCUGAUGGUGGACCUGGACCACCAGAGGCAGAUUGUCUCCAACCUGGAGAAAAAACAGAAGAAGUUUGAUCAGGUACACUGGACUGUCCUGAAGUUCAGUAGUUGUGGUAGAUGUACGGCUGUGUAACAAAAACACUGUUUUCUCUCUGUGUUCAAUCAGCUUCUGGCUGAAGAAAAGAGCGUCUCAGCUCGAUACGCUGAGGAGCGGGACAGAGCUGAAGCUGAGGCAAGAGAGAAAGAUACCAAGGCUCUGUCUAUGGCCAGAGCCCUGGAGGAGGCGCUGGAGGCCAAGGAAGAACUGGAGAGGUUUAACAAGCAGCUCCGCGCUGAAAUGGAGGACCUGAUGAGCUCCAAGGAUGACGUGGGGAAGAACGUGAGUGACCUGAGAUCUUGAUUUUUUUUUAUGUUGUUGGAUUUGACCGCUGAAGAAAGACAAAUGUGGGGUAGAGAGAGAGCGGAGUAAAAUAGUGUCAUGGCCAGGAGUUGGAGCAGUGAGUUUUAUGACAAGGACUUCAGCCUCUCUACAGGGCGCACACUUCAUCCUUACCCACCUGAUCGACGUCAUCCAGACCUGAAAAACAUAAAAGUCUCUUUUAUGAACACCUGACAUAGAGCAGAUAUACAGUAUGUUUUUGUUUGAGGACGUCUGAAAAGGUUUCUCUGCUGAUGUUUGGGUCUCUUCAUCUUUAAUACUUCGACAGGUCCAUGAACUGGAGAAGUCGAAGCGAACACUGGAGCAGCAGGUGGAGGAGAUGAGGACACAGCUUGAGGAGCUGGAGGAUGAGCUGCAAGCCACAGAGGACGCCAAACUGCGUCUAGAGGUCAACAUGCAGGCCAUGAAGGCCCAGUUUGACCGGGACCUGCAGUCCAGAGAUGAGCAGGGAGAGGAGAAGAAGAGGGCACUUGUCAAACAGGUACACCAGGCAAACAGAAGAUGACCGACUUCAUACAUUUUUAAUCAAAGAUGGUUUGUUCAGGAGUGCAUUUAGUGUUGAAACCAUGUUGUGUUGUUCUACACCUGCAGGUACGGGAGAUGGAGGCCGAGCUGGAGGAUGAGAGGAAGCAGAGAUCUCUGGCUGUGGCUACGAAGAAGAAGCUGGAGAUGGACCUGAACGAGGUGGAGGGACAGAUCGAAGCUGCCAACAAAGGCAGAGAUGAAGCGAUCAAACAGCUCCGAAAACUACAGGUACAAACUCCACAAACGUAAACACAAACUCCACAAAACUGAAAUUUAUCAGGAUAAUCGCCCGGUCCUAACUUCAACUUUAUCUUUAAUUCACACAUGAUGUCGUCGCGCUUCAAUUCGACUGAGUUUUGACUCCAACAGCGUUUUGAAAAGCCUCCAUGAGUCAUAUGUUUGAGUCAGCGCACGUCAAACCUAAAUACCUUUGUUAUUUUUACACUGGCCCGCCUCACAUUCUGAUAACCUCUGGACUGAGCUGUCACUUUACCGCUGUGUCAGCUUUUGACUCGACCCGUUUGGUUUGUGUUUGGCAGGCUCAGAUGAAGGACUAUCAGAGGGAGCUGGAGGAGGCCCGAGCCUCCAGGGAUGAAAUCUUCACUCAGUCAAAGGAGAGCGAGAAGAAACUGAAGAGCCUGGAAGCAGAGAUCCUCCAGCUACAGGAGGUCCAGGAUUCACUUUGUUUGAAAUAUUUGUAACUGAGCAGGUUCAUUUUGAAACAGAAGCAAAUCAGUGAAAAUUAGAUUCUUUUAAGUCCUGUUUUUCUGGUUAAAAUGUGAAUGAAGUUCACACCAGCUUAUGCUGUAACCGAGCUUAAUGUUAAUGCGCGUGUGUUUUUGUAGGACCACGCAGCAUCAGAGAGAGCCCGUCGCCAUGCUGAGCAGGAGAGGGACGAGCUCGCAGAUGAGAUCUCCAACGUCGCCUCUGGAAAGUCAGUAACCAGCGUGAAUUUUGAUAAUUAGUCUUACACUUUUGGAAACACACAGGGAAUAUUGAGAAGUUUUUUUGGAUCUUAGUGUGAAAAGUUAUGUGUCUUGAGGGCCUCCAAAGAAUUCCUUAAAAGCGGGAAUCAGUUUUAAAAGUAGAGGUGGGUGCAGUUCAUGGAUGUGCUUCACGUGACGAUUCAGCAUCGAUUAAUUAACGUCGAUGCUAAAAAGAAAUAAAAAUUAACAUUGAUGCUUUGCAGCAAGGCUGGUACAAAUAAACGCGUAACUGGAACCUUAAUGCGCGCCGCCCUGGACUGUUUAGUGAGUGGGAUGACAACAAACAGAGCACGUUAGUUUCUUUGCAAAAUGGCAACAGCGUCAGCGCGUCCGAUUCUCUCGCCACCGGGGUUGACUGCAACCGUGUGGAAGUAAUUUGGAUUUUAUGAGAGAGCAAACAAGACGACUAACAAGACCUACGCGAUUUGCAAAAAUAAAAUACCUCAGCAACACCACAAACAUGAGGCAGCAGCUUCUACGCUUUCAUCCCCAAACAGAGAAGGCACACAGAGGACCGUCCUGGAGACUGUCUCCAAACUUCUCAGUUUAAGUUUAGUAGGUCAAAGUGCAAAUGUUUACACAACAGUCAUACAGUCAUAAAAUGAAAGAUUUUGUAGUCACAGAUGAAGACAAAAUCAAUCUCUUAUGGUAAAAAGCUUUAAAAAUGGCAAUAAUCGAAGAAUCAUGGAACCAAUAAUCGAAUCAAAUCAAAUUGUGAGGUGCCUUUGUUGAAACACCCCGAGUUAAAAUCACCUGAAGUUUGAAAAAGAGACGACAUGAGUCGUGUGUUUGUGUCUGUCAGGUCAUCGCUGCUGGAGGAGAAGAGGAGGCUGGAGGCUCGUAUCACUCAGCUGGAGGAGGAGCUGGAGGAGGAGCAGGGCAACAUGGAGCUGCUGAAUGACCGCUUCAGAAAGACAACCAUGCAGGUCAGCUGACCACAGAUGACAAAACAAACAUCCCCAACAUCAGUGUUUAGAAAUGCUUCAAAACUUCUUACAUGAAUAUGACUGAGAGCAUCAACAUGUUCAAACUCAUCUCUUUUUUUCUUUCUUUGCACCAUCCUCUCUCUCUCUCUCUCUCUCUCUCUCUCUCUCUCUCUCUCUCUCUCUCUCUCUCUUAGGUUGACGGCCUUAACGCUGAGUUGGCUGGAGAACGCAGCACAGCUCAGAAAAGUGAGAACGCUCGACAGCAGAUGGAGCGGCAGAACAAGGUCUUGUGUACAUUGUUGAAUACAUUAGCAUAAAUUAAUUUGCACUUAUGAACACGCUGCAGUUGGAUAAACAAAUAAAGAGGAAGUGGGUUACUUUGUAAACUGAGGUUUUUCUUUGACUGCUACCCACAUAACAUGUGGAAACACAUUUUAGUACGAAGGGACUUAAUGGCGUGUUGUUUUUUUAUGCUAAUGAUCCUAAACACUGAAAAUGAUAAACACAGGAUUUGAAAGCCAAGCUGGCAGAGCUGGAGGGAGCCGUCAAGUCCAAGUUUAAGGCGUCCAUCAGUGCUCUGGAGGCGAAGAUCCUGCAGCUGGAAGAGCAGCUGGAGCAGGAAGCAAAGUAAGUAACCGGACUUUGUGAGAUGAAGCACCUUUUUAAUCACAAAAAAAAAAAAACAGGGAUGGUAAUGAGCCAUGUUUCAAACCUCCAGGGAGAGAGCAGCAGCCAACAAAAUCGUCCGCCGCACAGAGAAGAAGCUGAAGGAGGUGAUGAUGCAGGUGGAGGAUGAGCAUCGUCAUGCCGACCAGUUCAAGGAGCAGGUUCGACUGAUUAAGAGCAGAAUGAAAAAUCGCGAUAGAUUCAUUUUUUUGUGAUUUCUAGCCAAACUCCCAUGACCUCUCCUCGUCUCCAUCUGUUUCCCCAUGUGUCUGUCCUCCUGUCAGAUGGAGAAAGCCAACGCUCGGAUGAAGCAGCUGAAGCGCCAGCUGGAGGAGGCAGAGGAAGACGCCACCAGGGCUAACGCCACCCGCAGGAAGCUGCAGAGGGAGUUGGAUGACGCCACCGAGGCCAGCGAGGGUCUCAGCCGGGAGGUUAACUCCCUGAAGAACCGCCUCAGGUAUGUGAUGGAGUCCAGUGACCUCUAGUUAAUCAGUGUAAUCAGAUUAGAAAACAAGAUCCACUUGUCAUAAAGGGAUAUUCUGGCGUAAAAUUAAUUUAGGGUCAAACACACCGUAACACCGAGUUAGACACCCCUUUAAGAGAUGAAUGUUGUCAACCGCUUGGUAAAAUGACCACAUGAUAGCAAUACACAGCUGUCUGAGGAGCCAUCAACAAACGUCAACCAAAAGGCCACUCUAUAGCCACAAAAUAUGCUCAGAACAGCACCUAACUUCAUCAUCAGUACAUGAGGGUCCUAGUCAUAAUACUAGCCAUCAAACAUCUUUUUAACUUUGCCUAAUUUCUUUAGCAAAGAGACCAAACACAACUCACCUACUCUCCUCCAGCAGCUGCUUGUUUGUAGCAAGACCUCAGGCCAGUCCAUUACGGACUGCAGCGGAGUUUCGCAGCUCAAGGAAGAACAUUUCUGAUCAUUUCUUUAUGGAAAUGCAAUCAGACCAAGACGCUAAGGCAGAAGAACUACCACGUCUGCAGUGCAAAAUGACUAAUAUGGUGAUUAUUACUUCAGGGAAAUGAUAAAGAAAUGAUCAGCUGAUGAUGAUCAAAUGAGCAGCUGCUAGAAGAGAGUAGGUGAGUUGUGUUUAGUCUCUUUGCUAAAGAAAUCAGGCAAAGCUAAAAAGAUGUUUGAUGGCUAGUACUAUGACUGGGACCCUAUAUGUACUGUUGAUGAAGUUAGGUGCUGUUCUGAGCAUUAUUUGUGUCUAUAGAGUGGCGUUUUGGUUGAGGUUUGUUUAUGGCUCCUCAGACCGCUGUGUAUUGCUAUCAUGCGGUCGUUACCAAAGUUGGUAUAACUAGAGAAGUAAGCGGUCGGCAACAUUCAUCUCUCAGGGGGUGUCUAACUCGGUGUUACGGUGUGUUUGACCCUCAAUUAACUUUACGCCGGAAUAUCCCUUUAAAUGAUGGAGUUUAAACUUUCAGUUUUUAUGCUGAGCUAGAUUCAUCGAUCAGUCUCAUUGACAGAUGUUUAAGGUGUCGAUCAGAGAAGCAUUUUCACAUGAGUUAUUAAAUAACUCCUCAUUUUUGUUUUGUCGCCUUCAUCUGAACAGGCGUGGCGGUCCAGUCAGCAGCUUCUCCUCCAGCCGUUCGGGCCGCCGCAACCUCAACUUGGAUGGUGCCUCCGUGGACAUGUCAGACGACGACGCCGACAGCCGCUCGGGUGACUUCAACGAGACGCAGACCGCCAACGCCGAGUAA